AUGCCUGGCUAUGGGAAAGGAUUUGCCGCAUGGUUUGGAAUCAUUUCCCUUUACCAUGCAGACUUAAAGGUCUGGCUAAGCUAUCUGCAUAGGAACCAACUCCUAGGGGCAGAGGGGUCUUCAGCCCCCUCAAAAAUAUCUGAGAGGACUGGGGGGCCCUCAAAGUUGAUAGGCACAUUGCCGUUCAAAUGGUGGGUGGGUGUACCAUGUCAUGUGAUCAGUUAUGCGAAGAAGGGAUUACCUGGCUAUCUGAGCUACUUUCUCAUUGAGGACAUUUGUUUAUUAGCUUGCUUGUUGUUGCUUUGUUAUAUUUGUAUCCUUUCUUUCCACCAAAUGGUGCACAAGGCAGCCAAUAACACAAAUAUAAUAAAACAGCAGUACUGGUUCCAAGCCAUGCAGGAAUCUGUCCUGCAAAAGGGGCACAAGUAUUAUUAUGAGUAGCAUUUAUUAAUUUAUAUACAGUGGUACCUCAGAAGUCAAACGGAAUCCAUUCUGGAAGUCCGUUUGACUUCCGAAACGUUCAGAAACCAAGGCACGGCUUCCGAUUGGCUGCAGGAAGCUCCUGCAGCCAAUUGGAAGCUGCGUUGGACAUUUGGGUUCCAAAGAAUGUUUGCAAACCGGAACACUCAUUUCUGGGUUUGCAGCGUUCGGGAGCCAAAACAUUUGACUUGCAAGGUAUUCAGGAUCCAAGGUACGUCUGUACUGCCUAAUGUCGAAAUGGCUUCAAAAUGGUUUACAAAAACAUAGAAAACGGUUGCACAGCAUAUGGAGUAAACAAAAAUGCACAAUAAAACAAUCCCAUCAAAACGUUAAGAUAUAAAUGUCCACAAAUCACUUCCAUUGCUGAUUCCUAGUCAUGUAAUGUAUAGUUUGACUUGCUUCAUACAGAAGGUUCCUGAGUUGAAACUACUGUACUGGCAUUUCCAGUUACAGAAAGAUCAGAGAAGCUGUUGAUGGGAUAGAACUUUGACUGGCACCUGAAGGGGUUGCUGCCUUUCAGCGCCACAGACAAUUCAUUUGACCUGGUAUUAGGCAGUACUCUGGGUUCCUUGUGCGAAUGAAAAAGCUAAGCUUUGUCAAAACUCCACCUGAAACUGUUGAAACAGGAAACAAUAGAAUAAGGCAGAAACUAGGAGGAGUCCAUUUUAUAUAUUAAAGGAAACAAGAGUCUUGCAAAAUCUCCUUCCCCCAUAUAUGCAUAUCUGUCAACCGUCCCUUAUUUGGCGGGAAAGUCCCUUAUCCCAGCGCCAUGUCCCACUGCUGUCCCUUAUUGAUGAUGUCCCUUAAAUUUCCCGGGUUUCAAACGAAGCAGCUCCUCUCCCUCCCUCCCUGCUGGCCAGGGAGGAGGGAGGCUCCAACUGUGUUGCUUGGCUGCAUUGUUCACCUAAUAAGGAAUUUAAGAAUGACUGGGGGGUGGAGCUUGCAUGCCUUGUGCCGAUCAAAUCGGCCACGUUGCCUGGGGACUCGCCUUUGCUCAGCGCUUCCCAGCGGAGAGGUGAUGGUGGUUUUCCUUGCUGCAUCCCCUUUGCUGGGUUGCUGUGCUGUGGGAACCACCGCUUGAGGCUUUGUUUGGCUGCUGGCUGGGCUUUCUGCCUUUGGCUCGGAGGGGCCCAGAAGUUGAACAUACCUGUGCUAGGAAAAUCCCUUAUUUUGGCUGCUGAUCCCUUAUUUUUGAGGCUGCUGGUCCCUUAUUUUCAAAUCUGUAAGUUGACAGCUAUGCAUAUCUGCCUCCUCAACCACUUCAAUCUGCAAAACUGGCCACAUAAUAUUUGCUUCUUAUAUUUGUAAGAAAUAUAGCUUGAAGUGUGACAGCACAUGCACUUUGGAACUCCCUGCCUAUAGACAUCAGGCAGGCAACUUUGCUGUAUUCUUUUCAGUGCUUGCUAAAAACACCUUUGUUUAGGCAAGCGGUCUGUCCAGACACGUAGAAUGCCAGCACAGGUUUUAAUCUGGUUUUUAGCUUAUCACUGAUCUUAAUUAUUAUAUUUUUACUGUUUUAAAUCAUUGCUUUUAACUGGUUCUCAAUGAUAAUUUUAUUCUUUCUUUAUAUUUUUUUGUAAACUGCUUUGAGGUUUUAUUGCAGUCAAGCAGUAUAUAAACACUGUGAAAUAAGUAAGCAAAUAAAUGAUUCCUAUUUCUCCCAUUUGUCUCCCACACGACUGUAUAGAUGACAGGGGAAGAGCAGGCCAUUGUCUGACUCCAGAGCAAUCCCUUUAUGCAACUAAAGGCCGGAACGCAGCAGGGGUGCCUCUGUUGAAAAGGCAAAUAAGAUUUAAAUAGAGAUAAUCCCAGAGGUAAAACUCUGUGGAGCCCAGGUCACCAUCAAAUAAACUGGUUAACUUGCGCAGAAGAGUAAUGUUUGAAACUUAUAAAAACUGACAAGACGCCUGAUGAAUGGGAACUAGUUGACAGUAUUAAAAGAGGAGGAAGUAAAAUAUUAGGUUUCAGUAUGUGUUAAGGCCAAACUAGAUGAGACGUUCGCCAUCAGGUGCAUACCUGAUUUUUGUUAAAUAAAUAGCUGACAAGUGAGAUAGGGGAGAGAUGGGACCAGGGGAAUGUUGUUGUGGUGCCCUUUUCGUUUUGAUGCUUAGUGCAUGGGAGCCAGUCUCAUUCUCCUAAAACUGCCUCUGCAGCUGCUGUUCGCAAUAGUACUAAAAGGUAAAGGGUAAAGGGACCCCUGACCAUUAGGUCCAGUCGUGGCCGACUCUGGGGUUGCGGUGCUCAUCUUGCUUUAUUGGCCGGGGGAGCCGGCGUACAGCUUCCGGGGCAUGUGGCCAGCAUGACUAAGCCGCUUCUGGCAGACCAGAGCAGCGCACGGAAACGCUGUUUACCUUCCUGCCGGAGCAGUACCUAUUUAUCUACUUGUACUUUGAUGUGCUUUCGAACUGCUAGGUUGGCAGGAGCAGGGACCGAGCAACGGGAGCUCAUCCCGUCGCAGGGAUUCAAACUGCCAACCUUCUGAUCGGCAAGUCCUAGGCUCUGUGGUUUAACCCACAGCGCCACCCGCGUCCCCUUGCAAUAGUACUACUGCUUAACAAAAAUACGCGAAGAAAAGGAAAACUCUCAUUGCCUCAAUCCCUGGAAAAAGAGUAAUGGGUGUUAUGGUUGAUUAGCAAUAUGAAGUUGCCUUAUACAGAGUCAGACCGGUACCUAGCUCAGCAUUGUCUACUGCAGGGACACAGAACCUCUGGCACUCCAGAUAUAGAUGGACUCUAGCUUCCAUCAGCUACAGCCAGCAUGGCUAGUGGUCAAGGAUGAUGGGAGAUGUUGUCUGGCAACAUGUGGAAGGCCACAGGUUCCCCAACCCUGGGCUUCCUUAACUUGACAGUAGGUCUCCAGAUCUCAUGAAGGGUCUUCUCAAGCCCUGCUCCUUUGAACAGAAGAGACCAGUGGUUAAAACUGGGAUCUUCUGCAUCUGCAGCAUAGCUUCUAAGUCCCAGCCCUUCCCUGCAUAAAGCAUCUUCUUUUAAUUCCUGUUCUGUAAACUGAUCUUAGUUGGGCUUUCCCCCCCCCCCUCUUACUCAUCACUUCCUUUCUGUUUCUUCUUCAUUUCUCCCAUCAUCUCCCGCCUCUAUCUACCACUUGCAAAAAAAUAAAUGCGCACAGAAAGUUAAGUUUUGCUCUAACUUCAGAGGACAACUUCUCGUUUUGUAUUUGAAACAGAGAAGGGUUCUCCAAAUCCUAAUUGUGAAUUCUCCAAAUCCUAUUGAAUGUAUGACUUGCUACAGCUGUGUCCCAUUCUUCAAUAUGAAGAAGCUCAAAGCAGCAUUUUAGCUGCACAACAAUCCCGUCAAGCAGGUUAAGUUGAAUAAGCCCAAGCCCACUUAAUUGGCUUCAUUGUUUGAGUGGGGAUAUGAACUUACAUUCCCAUAUCUCCCCAAUCAAGGCGCCUAAAGAUUUAUAAAAGCAUGUCAUAACUAUACUAUAUCAAGGCUCUUAAUUUGCACAACACAAUGAAUCCGUGUUCCUGGUUUGUGUUGUGCUGCUUGAUCACUCCUGCUUGCUCCUCCCCUCCAGCAUGAGCGAAACAAACCUUGAAAUGGAGAUGAUGGUACUGCCAGUCACUACAACCCAGCCUUUUUUAACCUUGGGUCCCCAGAUGUUGUUGGACUACAACUCCCACCAUCCCUAGCUAGCAGCACAGGGAUGAUGGGACUUGUAGUCCAACAACUUCUGGGGUUCCAAGGUUGAGAAAGGCUGCUGUAGACUAGACUGAGUUAGGUGGACCAAGGUCUGACUUGGUGGAAGGCAGAUUCCUGUGUUCCUAUGAUACUCCAGCGUCCUUGCAGAAUUGAAUGUACCAAUUGGCUGAGAAAGAAAUACUUUCAGGGAUUGAAAGCAGAUGUUGUCUGUGCCUCUGACCCACAAUGCCUGGCAUAUAUGCUCAGUGGGAGGGUGGGUGACUAAUUUAUGGAAAACUGCAGAAGUCCAGGCAAAAAUGAGUCAUGCAAGAAAACAGCCUAUUUUACUCAAUUCCAAAACUGUGUUCUGCGGUUCAAAAACUUAUCUGUGCAAUGUGGGGUUUGUAACAGUUGAUUUGCUUCCUGAAGGGAGAGCAGCGUGGAGAUGGAGUUGUUGGUUGGUCUUCUCAGAUUCAGGCAAGCCUUUGCAUAACUGGUAUUUGCUUUUUGUCAGGGUUGUUUUGCAAUACGACGCACUCAGGGCCGAUGCUGUUAUGAAAAGGAGCUGAAUGGCUGGAUCAUCUAGGAGCAGUUUUAAUUAUCCUGGAGCACAUGGCUUUGAGAUCCUUCCAAAAUUUUGGUGCCCAGAGCGAUUUUGAUCAGAUAGUCUUCUCUAAUAAGUUUUCUCGCGGUGCAAACAAGAACAGCAUUAGCAUAGUUGCGCUUUCAUCCUGCAAUUAAUGCUGCUACCAUGCCAUUAAGGAUAUGACUGUGCUUUUGGCACGGGGCAUCCUGCAGGACUUGCAAUCAAUUUCUAACUUCAGAAACAAUUAAGCUUUGCCACAAAGCCCCCUGCUGGUUUGCCAGGUGAUCUGUUAUUAAGGUUUGCAAAAAGUACGCUCAAAAGAGCAGUAGCUUUUAACUUUUUGCAGGUAGGCUGGUGAAUUCAGCCACAGCAGUGUGCUUCUGCAUGCUGCAUGAAAAAGGGUAAACAGAGCUUAUACCUAUUUGCUUUUAUUUGAUUUAACGUAAUUUAUAUGCUGCUCGGAUGUAGCAAAACCCUGUAAACGGUUUACAAGAAAAAAGUUGUGCAUACCAAUCCUAGUGACUCCUAGUGUUGCGCCCUUGAAUUGCUGUGCCGUGUUAUAUUAAUACUGUUAACUCCCAGCAUUAGGCGUAUCUUUGAAUAAUUGUUACGAUGCACCAAGGAUCACUCAAUUAAAAACGUUGUGGGCGGGAUUCAACUAAGAAGCUGCGUCAGCAGAAGCCUGAAAUUGGCUCGGGGUGGGUAGGUGGGAGGACCCCCAGAACAGUGUGCAGGGGAGCAGAGAGGAGAUUUUUCCACCUGGCAAACUGCAGUGUUUUAAUUCCACCCCUUGUAACUUACAGGUAACUGCCAUUGUCCAAUAUUUUAUUUUUUUCCAUUUCUAGGGGAAAGGGGCAUUUGUGUAUUAGUAACCUUAACUUUAAGGGACGCGGGUGGCGCUGUGGGUUAAACCACAGAGCCUAGGACUUGCCGAUCAGAAGGUUGGCGGUUCGAAUCCCGGCGACAGGGUGAGCUCCCGUUGCUCAGUCCCUGCUCCUGCCAACCUAGCAGUUCAAAAGCACGUCAAAGUGCAAGUAGAUAAAUAGGUACCGCUCCGGCGGGAAGGUAAAUGGCGUUUCCGUGUGCUGCUCUGGUUUGCCAGAAGCAGCUUAGUCAUGCUGGCCACAUGACCCGGAAGCUGUACGCCGGCUCCCUUGGCCAAUAAAGCGAGAUGAGCGCCGCAACCCCAGAGUCGGUCACGACGGGACCUAAUGGUCAGGGGUCCCUUUACCUUUACCCUUAACUUUUACUACAUUGCUUUGAGGGUCUUAUCAAAGCUAACCAGUGCUGCUGAAAUGUUAAAGCAGGAUUUGUGGCUAUCAUACAGGAAAGAGUAACCAGCAUGCAUUAUAAAAGCAAUAACAGCAACAGCCAUUCUUUUCAAUCACUUAAUGCAUUGGGGAAAUCCCCAGGAUGAAAGUAAUCUAUGAGAUUGUCUGGUGUUGCAUUUCCCCGCCGGUUUUCUAAGCAAUAUUAAAAUGAAACUUAAUCUGUAUUUAGGGUGGCUGGGUGCCCUACAUUUCAGAGGACGGGGCUCUGUUUUAACAGCUGCCGAAGGACAGUCCUCUAUUUGAAGACAUCCUUUAUUUGAAGAGCUGUCCGGUCAAAGUCUGACUUAAAGAUAAAGAACUCUAAGAAGGGAGCAUAGGGGCCUUGAAGUGACCUCUCAGCAGGUAGCAGGUAACUUCAGGAUGACAGACUGACUGAGCAGGCAGACAGGUCACCAAGUCAACCGUCCUUUGAAAUACAGUUUUUGCCCAUUGUUAGCAGACACAUGCCCCUUGUUUUGCAGUGAUCUGAAUCUUGAUUGCUGUCUGCAGUAAGAGAGGAACCAAUUCAAUCUGGUGAUACCAGGUAAACAUCAGUGCAAGAGCUCUUCUGUCCUUUGAUAUAUGGAUAAAAAUAUAACUCUUAUUUCAGGGAAGUGAAGCUGGCUUCAUAGAUUUGGGCUGUUUUCACCAGACACCUGCUAAGGAUUACAGCCUGAAAGUUGAAGGUAAGUUGCAUGUAUGUUUACUGGCAGUUCUGAAAGAACUAGCAAAAUGCCCAUAUAUAUAUUUUUUACUAGCUGGAUGUAUGUAAAGGGAGGGUCUGCAUAAUGCAGAUAACCUGUGGCUGUCUUUUUCAGAUUACAAAAGGCAUGGUUAUUCAGGAGGCUUUUGUCUGCUAAGUAUCUGCUGUUGUUCUUUUUUAAUGUAAUGUUUAGCUGCAGUCUGUGCCUUUUUGUUGUGUUUUUUGAACUAUUUGAUGGUUGCUUUUUUGUUGCAUUUCAUGACAUUGCCUUUUUAAAUUGUUGCAAGCUACUCUUCACAAUGUAUACGCGCUUAAAUAACAGAAUAGUGUUAUAAGAAAAAACUGCUCUUUUUCCCUUAUGGGGUAUCCAAGAUCCCGUAUAGAGUCCUUAUGUAGGUUCUCUAUCGGUAGGAGAAAAUAACAGAGGCCAACCAGAGACUAUUGAGAAGCAAAGCAGCUAGUAAGCAUGAUCUUUAUUAAACUGCUGCAACAGGGUCCCCUGCUCACCCCACACAGGGAGGGAGGAGAGAAACCCAGAACAUUGGUGUGCAAUCUCUUAUAUAGACUUUUGAAAUUGCCUACCCUUGUAGCUCAAGACCACUCCCCAAAACAUCAUACAUACAUCACAGAAAGAGGUGGUCCCCAGCAGAAAUUUGAGUGUGUUGCUUCUCUCCUGUCUGCCAGGAUAUCUGAUAAUGCCUUAUCUGACUGCCUUUUCUGGAUAGCCUGGCCAUUGCUUUGAGAUGGAAAAUACUUAGUUUCUGAAUCUCUUACGCAUAUUGAUAGUGUGCUCAGUUUAACAGAUUCUUGCCAGACUGUGUUUACAGGGAGGUGUAAGCCCCUACAGUCCAAAGACAAUUGGAAAGCUUUUCCCAUUUCCUUCCUCCUUGCAGAGAAACAUUUGAGGUCAAUUUGGGAGAGUCAAAAUGGCUUCAGGAUUGUUCUCCUGUACUAUUUCAGAUGCGUGGUUUAUAUACUUAUGUAUGUGUUUGCUUGUACAUUUAUGAAUGAAUAUAUAUAUAUGUGUGUGUGUGUGUGUGUGUGUGUGUGUGUGUAUGGCCUUAGAAUUCCUAUAACAAUAGAAAUCUCAAUCUUAAUGUAAAUAAAUAACAUGCACAUGCAUAGAGUUUCUGGGCAUUUCGCAUCAGACAUCCCUUUUCCACUCAGCUCCUCAAUAAGGCGCCGCUUGGCAUUUUUACCCCACCUUUUCCUCCAAGCAAACAUUUCAAGGAAGUGUGCAGUAGUGGAGGCAGUGCAGUGUAGUGGUUAGCGUUUCGGGCUAGGUUCCCCCACCUCAAAGAAGCCUCUUCUAUAAAUGAAGCACAAUUGGACAGGAAUCAGCAAGUUCACUUCGGAAUGAAAGGAAGGAAGGAACAGCAUUCCUGUGUCAUCCAAGCAGCCUCAAAAGUUCUUAUUAUCUAGAUUAGUACUAAUAAGUGUGAUAAUUAUCUCAGAUCAUUUGAUCCAGACAAUCCUAUGGACAUCGGCCAGUUCCAGGCUGUCGCCUGUGUAUAACAUUUGACGCACUCCGGCAUAUUUUGAGUAGCUUUCUCCGAAGGACUCAGAGCACUGAUCAUUUCCAAAUGGAAAACGCUCUGAAAAAGUUGUAAUGCUGGAAAAUGCCAGGAUUGCUCCAGCUAAGGUUUACUCAGCAUAGACCUAUUUAAAGUCAUUAGGCCCAGGUUAGCCAUGCCCAUUAAUUUCAGUGGGUAAAAUUUAGUUGACAGCAAUCCAUUAUCUCAAACAGGGACCAAGGUCAAUUUCCUGAAGUGUUUCUUAUCUCCAUGUUUUUAUACAGUAUUUGUAUGAGAAUUGGGUUUUGGAUGGCGGUCAGGUGUGGAACGUGGGGUAAUCUGAGACAUGCUGGAGCUAUUUAGGAGCCUUGUACAGUAUAGAUGUUUGGCUUAAAUGUGUAUUUAAAAAAGGAGUGCCAGGCAUUUUCAGAAGCCCAUUUUUGUUUUGUUUUUCAUCCGAACAGCUUUGGGAACAAAGAGUGGAUUAGGAAACACAUUAUGAAGCAUUUCCAUUCUUUCUCAGACUGAGCGCUUCUCCAGAUUUUGAAUUGCGGUUUCAGAUCACAGAAGUGCAACUGUAAAUAUGUGACAUUUAAAAAAGCAUACAAAAUGUGUAUUUCAGGGGGAAAGCGCUGAAAUGUGUACACUGUGUACAAUUUCAUGCGUUCUUUCUGAAAGUCUGCAGAAAGCAGGAUAAACAUGUCUGAGCACCAGCAAAACUGACAUGCGACAGGCAUCGGUUGGUCCAUCCCACCUUUAUUUGGUAAAGCCAUGUUGAUAGAUCGAGAUGUAGGUAUUCUGUUUGCAUCAGCUUUUACACUGGCCUUUGGAAACGCAAACAUGUACAAACAACUUGUGGGAAUGUUCAGGGAGGCAGGAGAGGAUAUAUUGUUUAAUAUCCUUCCUAACUUGCACUAGCAAGUUCUAGUUACAAGUAGGUAGUUGUGUUGGUCUGCCAUAGUUGAAACAAAAUAAAAAAAUUCCUUCCAGUAGCACCUUAGAGACCAACUAAGUUUGUUAUUGGUAUGAGUUUUCGUGUGCACGCACACUUCUUCAGUUCUAUAAUUUAGCAGAGUUUUAACAUUCCCUUUUUAAAUACACAGUGGUUAGCUUGUUCCAAGCUCAUUUAAGCUUCUUGAUAUAGGAUUCCUGGUAAUCCCCUUUACUCCCCCUUAAAAAGAAUAGACACAACACAGUCUUGUGUAAAAGUAUAAAAGAUGUUUACUCACACAUUCAGUUCACAGAUGGAUCCCUGAAGGCAGACUUAGUUACAAAGUAUAUACACGUGGAAUCUAUCCCAUAAGGAGAUAGUCCCUUUGUGCUCUGUUGGCUGGAAGCCAGCAGGGCCUCUCUAGCAAAAGAGCUUUUGCUUCUACGAGGAAUGGAGGCAGAGAGCGAGAGAGUGGGCUUUGUUCCUGGUCCUUUUGUCACCUGGACAGGUAAGGUCUCGCCCAUCUCUAGUCACACACAGAGGGAUAAUAAUAAUAAUAUAAUAAUUUAUUAUUUGUACCCCGCCCAUCUGGCUGGGUUUCCCUAGCCACUCUGGGCGGCUUCCAUAGAAACCAAAAAUACAGUAAAAUAUCACAGAUUAAAAACUUCCCUGAACAGGGCUGCCUUAAGAUGUCUUCUAAAUGUCAGGUAGUUAUUUAUCGCUUUGACAUCUGAUGGGAGGAAGUUUGUCCCAGCCCAGGAGGAAACAGGAAGUUUUCUAUUGGUUGAUGCAAACAUCCCAUUUCAUGUCCACUCUAGGAAUGUUGAACUUGACUGCUUUGUGUUUCACAUCCCACACAACUAAGCAGGUAAAACUACCAAACUAAAUUAAAACGCCAGCUGGUGCAACAUGUGCACAAAAUAUAAACAUAAAAACACCACUAAGCAGAUAAAAUCACCAUGCUCAAUCAGAAUUUUAAAAUUCUACAAUUUAAAAUUAAGGACAUUGUUGAGAUACUUGGUUGCCAAGGAUUUUGAAGUUUUUGCUGCAACAACCUUUUCUUGAUCUGCAAGAUCUUGAUCCAUCCCUCCUUGGGUGAGAUGGUAGAGCCAUGUCAGUUAAGCCACUUUUAAACCACUUUAAGUUUGUAGUGUAAAUGUGCUGCCAGUGGACAAAACAGUUUCAGCCAAUGCAGUUGAGCGUAUCUUCCAUUUGAAAUGCUUAAACCACCCAACUGCCCCUUCAUGUCUACUUUCUCCUGCAUUAACGAGCAGCCCAAAACAAACCCACCUCUACGCUUAUGUAAUAAGACAAAAUAGACACAAAAAUAACUCCCCAAAAUACACAGAACACCAGCAGUGACGUGUUGUUUUGCAAGGUUCUCAGGAUCGCAUGACAAAUAUUGACAAUGAAGGUGUCAGCGCACCUUCUCAAGGAUCACUUGUUCCAGUGUCAAUAUAGUUAAAUGGUAUACUUAAAACAGAAGAAAACACUGCUCUGGAUUUUGCAGUGCCUUGGAUAAUAAAGAAAAUUUCUUUUUUUAAAAAAAAAAUGAUAUUUAUUAAAGUUUCAAAAAAUACAGGAAAAUACAGAAUACAGAAAAAAAAAGUAUAAAGUUUUUAAGAUAUAACAAAAAAGUAAAAAAUAAAAAGAAACAUACAAAAUAAAACAGUUAAAAACAUGUUAAUUUUCCAUAACCUAUCUUCCUUGCACUUAUUUCCCCGGACCUCCUCGUACCUCCCUUUUUUGUAUUCCAGUUCAAUUUGUUAGUUCAGCAAAUCCUUACCAUUAAACUUUUACCCAUUUGUAAGCCUUUUUUUGUAUCUCUUAAAGCAUUACAGCUGGAAACCACUUAAUUUCUAUCCAACAUCCUUCUAAAAUUCCUUAAUUUUACAAUAUUUCUGUAAAUAAUCUUUAAAUUUCUUCCAGUCUUCUUUCACUGACUCUUCUCCCUGGUCUCGGAUUCUGCCAGUCAUUUCCGCCAAUUCCAUGUAGUCAAUCACCUUCAUCUGCCAUUCUUCCAGAGUGGGUAGAUCUUGUGUCUUCCAAUACUUUGCAAUGAGUGUUCUUGCUGCUGUUGUAGCAUACAUAAAAAAAGUUCUAUCCUUCUUUGGCACCAAUUGGCCGACAAUGCCCAGAAGAAAGGCCUCUGGUUUCUUCAGAAAGGUAUAUUUAAAUACCUUUUUUAUUUCAUUAUAAAUCAUCUCCCAGAAAGCCUUAAUCCUUGGGCACGUCCACCAAAGGUGAAAGAAUGUGCCUUCAGUUUCUUUACAUUUCCAAAUAAAGAAAAUUUCUGAAUACAGUCAUACCUUGGAAGUUGAAUUGAAUUCGUUCCAGAAGUCGGUUCAACUUCCAAAACGUUCGGAAACCAAAGCACGGCUUCUAAUUGCCUGUAGGAAGCUCCUACAGCCAAUUGGAAGCUGCAGAAGCCCCGUCAGACAUUAGGCUUCCAAAAAUCCUUCGCAAACUGGAACAAUCACUUCUGGGUUUGCGGCGUUCAGGAGCCAAAACGUCUGAGUAGCAAGGCGUUCAGGAUCCAAGGUAUGACUGUAUACUGCAUAUUUGGACUGGGUUCCCCCCCCCCCCACACACACUUCUGCAUAAACAAUUUUAAAUACCUUUCUGUUCUUGUUAUUUGAAUUUAUAUCCCUCUCUUUCUUCCAAAUGAACCAGCAAACAAUAAGCAAUAAAAUGAUUUUAAAAAACCUUUAAAACAAUUCCAGUUCAGAUGCAGACAGGGAAAAAUCUCAGUUUCAAAGGUAUUCCAUAAGCACCAAAAAGGCAACAGAGACAGCACUAUUGAAUCAUAGAAUGGUAGCAUUGUAAGGGCCUGUUGUUGUUUAGUCGUUUAGUUGUAUCCGACUCUUUGUGACCCCAUGGACCAGAGCACGCCAGGCACUCCUGUCUUCCACUGCCUCCCGCAGUUUGGUCAAACUCAUGUUUGUAGCUGUCCAACCAUCUCGUCCUCUGUCAUCCCCUUCCCCUUGUGCCUUCAAUCUUUCCUAACAUCAGGGUCUUUUCCAGGGAGUCUUCUCUUCUCAUGAGGUGGCCAAAGUAUUGGAGCCUCAGCUUCUGGAUCUGUCCUUCCAGUGAGCUUGUAAGGGCCUAUAUAUUCCCUAUAUUGUGCAGAAUUGACCUCCUAAUAUCCUGGCCUAUUGAGAUGUUUUGCCCUUAUGUGAACAAGCUCCAAAGAACCACAGGCCCUCGUACAGAUUCCAAAUUCUACCCUCCCCUGGCCGCAUGCCAUAAUUCUCAAUUUCCUAACCUUGUUUGUGACAGACCAUAGUUUUCUAGUUUGUCUGAACAGUAAACUAUGGUUAGAGCUUGCCUGCAGACUAGGAUCACAAAUCAGGAUCAUAGGCUGGAUUGCAAAUAAGGCUUUUUUUUGUGAAAUGCCCCAAAUUUUUGGCUAGCUAUGCAGUCAUUGCUCGUAGCUUGUUCCUGCAGUUCACUUUGCUAAGAUUACCGGUACUCUUUUAAAUUAAGUUGCCACUUAACUGAAAAUGUAGGCCUCUGGGCUGGGCUUGUGCUUCUCCAAUAAUUUUUGUAGUGUCUAGUGUUUGAGAUGAUGAAAGCAUUGGGGUGGCCCAUGGGCUUUGUGAUGGGGCAGCCUUUCUCAACCUGUGGGUCCCCAGAUGUUGUUGAACUACAACUCCCAUCACCCCUAGCUAGCAAGGCCAGAGCUCAGUGAUGAUGGGAGUUGCAGUCCAACAAUAUCUGGGGAUCCACAGAUUGAGAACCUCUGUAUGGGGGAAGGGGAAAACAUCUCUGAUAAGAUCUCUGUUUUUCUCAGAAAAGAAAAGCCAACCGCGGGGGGGGGGGGCAUGUUUAAAAUGUGUGUCUAUCUGACAGUAUAUUCACACAGUUAAAAAUAGGGCACUUUGAGACAGGGGGAAGAAGGACAAACCCAAAACAUGAAGUAGAAAGCCAAACAGAUUACUCGUUAUUCUCUUCUCUUUUUAACGGUUGUUGUAUAUAGAGUAACUGGGAAGUAAAACAAGCACAGAUAAUUACAUUAAGCUCCCGUGUGCCCUGCUGACAGCUGCAUCUGGGAUGCUUUCACAUCUGCCAAGGCCUGCUGCUGAUGCAUUCUGGGAAAUUAAAAAGAGUUUAUAGCCCCAGCUCUGCAGUGCUGCUGGGCACUCCGCUUCCGCAGCAAGAUAAGCCUGACAGGGGCCGCUGAUAGGCAAAGGGGCAGAGGAACCUUUGCCCAGCGCAUCCACAAAUGUGAUUCUAGACCUGGUUCCCACAGAAUAUACCAUGAAGUCUUUAAGGCCUUAUACAAAUCUUAUGGACAGUUGUACUUAGAACUGUCCAGAGCCUUUUCGGUGGUGGCUCCCAGAUUGCUGUCUUUCCACCAGCAGGUGAAAACCUUCUUGUUCCAACAGGCUUUGGGGGACUGACUGCUUUUAAUGAAAGGGCUGGUGUUGUGCUGUUUUCAUUUUAAUUAUUGGCAUGGUGUUAAUAUGUUUAUGUAUAUAGCUUUAAUUCUAUCAGUGUUUAAUUAGGUUUUUAAAGGUUGCUUUUUCUUUUUUUUAGUGGUCCUUAUUCUUAUCUGUAUGCCACCUUGAGUCCUAUAAGGACUGUGAAUAGCUCAGUUGGUAGAGCAUAAGACUCAGAAUCUCUGGGUCAUGGGUUCAAGCCCCACAUAGGGCAAAAGAUUCCUGCAUUACAGGGGGUUGGACUAGAUGACCCCCAUGGUCCCUUCCAACUCUACAGUUCUUGGAUUCUAGGAUAGCGGUGUAAAAAGGCAAGGUAUAUAUAGAUAAAGAAAAGCAAGCAAACAUGCUUGAAUAGUGGGGCUUAGAUAGAAGGUAACUGAGGUGGUACCUGUGGCAGAGACUGAGAUCAGGCCUCAGACUUGAGUCUUCCUCCCCUGAUGUCUUUACUUUCAGGAGAAACUGUUGAGUUAACAAAGAGAUUCUGCAAUCAUUUAAAGACAUCACAAAAUGAAGUGAUGAUGGUAGUUCUAAAUUUGAUGGAAUUUUGCUUCUCUGUUGAUCAGGACAGUAUUUACUUUUCCCAAAGCUUUUUUCUUGUUGCAUUUCUUGUUACCUUCCCUCUGUAACCAAACCUUCAUAUAGCAGACACAGAGAACAUCCAGCCCAGUGGCCUUAACUAGGCCCAACACAAGCCAAACUUUGCCUGCAAGGCUAUUUCACCAGCUCUGGACCUGACAUCAUGUGUGGUGUCAGGUGAGGCGCAAUGAGGAAUGUGGCUCCAAAGGACCGUUUGGGAGCUGAAAGUGAGCUCCCAGCCGUUCUUCUGCAAGCUGGGUUCGCAAACAGUGCCAAGUUCAUGAGGUGGGGGGCUCACUGUCGCCGCCAAUUAGGUGAUCAGCUAUCAGCCGCCCCCGCUUGUCUGUUUGCAAGAUAAAAAUGCUUAAGAAUCCCUUGCUCAAGCAGUCAAAGGUAUUGCGGAGGCUGCUGGCUUUCCAUCAUUAGGGAGAUUACUGAUUAAUAGUCCUUAAUAGACAGUCAGUAUCUCUGGAAGGAAGCUAAUGCUUAGAAGUAGUGCCAGAGAGAGAUAUUGGUCUCUGUGGAAGGAGGGACACAAAGUUAUUUGAAAAUUCAGGGUGGGGGGAGAGAUUUGGAUAGAAAUAGCCAUUUUUUGUUUUCUGUUAUUUUUCCGGUUUUGAACUUUAUUUUAGCUCGGCUGUGUAGGGCUUUUCUUAGACAUAAUGUAGUUAUGCUCACUGUCACUGUGAGAGCCAAAUGUGUUGUGGGCAACCAAAGCAGUUUCUGUGCCAAAACCGGCCCUAAACCCUGAUUGAAAUGGAUCCAGAAAAUCAGUUUCUUCCAAAAGCGCCUGGAUCUGGUCUGCGAUCAUUCGCUCCAGAACCUUGCUCAGGAAAGGGAGAUUAGUAACUGGCUGGUAGUUAGUUAGGUUUUCUGAUUCCAGGAAAGGUUUCUUAAGGAGUGGUUUUACCACUGCCUCCUUCAAACAGGCAGGGACCACCCCCUCUCGUAAAGAGGCAUUGAUCACCUCCCUGGCCCAGUAAAAUUCUUCAGCUGACACAGCGAAGCUUGGGCAAUUGCAGAUUCCCAUCCGUGUGGAGGCUUCUUGGAGGCAGCUUCAAUGUUCACCACUCAAAACUGUUUUCCUUUGUUCUUCACUAUGAGGAAAUAUACCCUGUCCCUAGAUGAACCCUGCCCACUUGAAGGCAAGUUUCACCUUGUGUGACAGGUUUGAAAGCUUUACGUGCCCAGAGGACGUUUGUUGUAAUGAAGCCUCGCAACUGAAAGUUUGGGGCAUGCCAGCUGAGCAGAGAGAAGGCAUAAGAGCAUGAGGCAAGCCCUGCUGGAUCUGGCCAAUAGCCCCAAAAGUCCAGCAUCCUGAUCUCAUAGUGGCUGGCCAGAAGCCCAUGGGUAGCCUGCAAGCUGAACAUAAGCAAAACAGCACUUUCACCUGCCUGCAGUUUGCAACUGGUAUUCAGAGGUGCAAUGCCAAUCUGCAUGUAAACUUGGUUCAGACAUGGCACUGGUUCAAAACGGCAUACCAGAUUUGGCAUGAGCAGAAAGCGUUUUCCCCUGGCAUGGAGGUGCAAAAAUGGUGCAGAUAAUUGGCACAUUUGCACACUUUAGGAGAAGCUACAGAAAUCCUGUUUUGGAAUCAGCAAAGAGCAAGGAACUGGAAGUAUGUAGUGCUUAUUGGUUUUUAAUUCCCCCCAUCCACGUACCACAGUGUCCCAAGCAGAGAUAGAACAAUCAGCCUAUUUCAUGUCUGUUUCUCACUGGUAAAUCGGUCGUAUCCUGUUUCUAUAUCCAACUGCGAGUUUUUUUGUUUUUUUUAAAUGUUGCACAAAAAGUGCAUUAUUUUUUAACAUAUCCCCCACAUGCACAUUUUAUAUGCAAUUUGUUUCUCCAAAUGUGCCUUUUUAAAGGAGAUGGUGACAUCACAGAAUUCAGAGAACUGAACCGCAUUUCGAUUUGCAUAUCAGUCCAGGAAACGUGUAGCAGGUUGCUUGCCUUAAAAAAAAUGGACUGAAAUCCAUUGAGUAUCCUUAGUCCAAAGUGGUUCGGCGCUAUAGUAAUGCCUCAGGAAAGUAAGCUUGUUCAAACUCCUCUCUCUCCCGUAGUUUCAUCUAAUGCAAUGACCCAGCAGCCACAGGAUGAAUUUGACAGCAGCGUGGAGAAGGCAGUAGAUUGGAUGAAGACCAUUCAGGAGAGACUGCGGAUCAAUGACAACACCAAGGGACCUAGGUCUGCCCUGGAGGCCAGGCUAAGAGACACAGAGGUACACACACACACGCGCAUACACGCGCGCACACACACACCUGAUUUCCUUCAGACAUUUUUUUAGCUGUAAUAUUGUUACUGCUGUGAUUACCGUCUGAACCUGCCCUGACAUUGAGAUCUUUGUCUGAGGACCUGCUCCAGAUGUGCUCCCCAGUGCUAUUUUUCUAGGAAAAGAGGUGCCAGAACUCACCAUGAGUGCCUCCCAUGUUCUCUUAUAAUAUCAAUGGCACCCCCUAAGAGGUGCCAGAACUGAGUUCUGGUGAGUUCCAGCUGAAAAAAAGCCCUGGCUGUAGGCAUCUGAAAGCAAAGGCUAUGGCACAUCCUUCUGAUUUAAUCACAACCCAGUCCUCUGUGCCCUGUCCUUUUCGCCUAUUAAAUCAUUAAAUUAGCUAAUGGUUAAAUCAUAUCUGCAGUCAUCGUUACAUACAGAAAUUAGUCUUGCUAAUGUCUCAAUCUCGUUGGCUGUUGGCUUUUUAAAUAACUUGGCUCCAAAGUUUCUGUUUCUGAGCUGGGCAGUUUAUAGUCAUACUUGAUUUAUAUGAUUUAUGUUCCAUUAAUCUGUGAAUGAAAUCUUCAGCCAAGGAAAGCAGUUUUUUUUUUAAAAAAGCAUGAAAAACGAGAAUGUCAUCAUUGCAACAGAUUUUCUCAAGAACACUUAUUCACCUUCCCAUUACUGCGAGCACUAAUGAGUUCUGAAACCUGGCUUCAGAUUUAUUUAUAGAUCUUCCUUUUGUUACCUAGUGCAGUUUAUAUUCUGGGAUUGGCUCCUGGGAAUUUUAAUUAGUUCUAUAGAAACACACCGUGGUUUACGGGGAGAUGCAACCUAAGGUUUAAUUUAGACAUCAUGGCCAUGUGGCUAUCAGAUAAGUGCUGCAAUGAUCACAUGCUUCCUUCUAUCCUCAUAUGCUCUGAUUCUCUCAUCUUACCUCUCCUGAGCUACAAUUCCCAGAAUUCCCAGGGAUUCAUUGUUAAGUCCCUCUGGGAAUUGUAGCUCUGUUAAUGGAACCGGGAUCUAACAACUCUCAGCAUCCUACUACACUUCCCAGAAUUCUUUGGUGGAAACCAUGACUUUAAAAGCGUAGUGCAGAUGGGGACUUAGGUUGCAUGCACACCAUACAUUUAAAGCACAUCACCUCCCCACAAAGAAUCCUGGGAAUUGUAGUUUAUCCCUCACAGCGCUACAAUUCUUGGUGCCCUUAACAUAGCACGGUUCCCAUGAUGCUUUGGGGGGGGGGAGUCAUGCAUGUUAAAUGUGCUUUAAAUGUACAGUUCAUAGCCAGCCUUCACCUCACAAGUUCUGCUACCCUACAGGCAUAAAUUUGGGGGGUGUCCCCCCUCAUCAUUUGGCUUCCUUGCGCCCUUGUACGGUGGUACCUCUGGUUGAAAAUGGGAUCCGUUCCGGAGCCCCGUUUGCAUCAUGAGCAGAACACAACCCUCGUCUGCGCAUGCGCAGGUUGCAAUUUGCCGCUUCUGCGUAUGCACGUGACGUCAUUCUGAGCGUCUGCGCAUGCGCGGGCAGCAAAACCCAGAAGUAACCCAUUCUGUUACUUCUGGGUCGCCGCGGGACUCAACCUGAAAAUACAUAACCUGAACCGAAUGUAACAAGAGGUAUGACUGUAUUGGUGGAUCAACCUGUGGAAGCCUGAUUCGUACAUAGCAAUAAUUAGAUCGAGUCAAUUAACAGCCAGCUCCCUGGAAGCCUGCCACAGGGUUGUGCUGCAGCUUCAGGCCUGCUUGGAUACUGAUUUAUUUUUUAAUAUUAUUUUCAUUUGGUUAGUUGAUUGCAUUUAUAUAUACCAACUUCCUGCCAAGGCGCACGCAAGGUGGUUUACAAUUUUCAAAACAGAUAGUACAAAAUAGCCUCAGGCGUCCUUCAGGGGCUGAUGGCACUAGCACCAUGACUUAGGCAGAGUCUCUUCUGCCUUCCCUGAGGGCACACAGGCCUGAGGGGCAAGUAUCUCAGCAGUUCUUUAGGGCUGCUGAGAGACCCUUCCCAAACCUGAUAGUUUUACGACCCCUAGCCUGGAUCUCCUGGCUUCCUCUUUCUCUAAAGGCCCUCUGGUCAUAAAUCUCCCCACAAAAGGUGGAAUGGGGUUUGCAAUGCUCCUAAGUCCCCUUCAAAAAAACCUAUUUGUGGUUUAAUUUUAAUGUUUGAUUCUUCCUAACAGAAAAUCUGUGCGUUGGAACCUGAGGGCCGGUUGAAGAUGGACUUGGUUCUCAUGAAGGCUGAUGCUCUCCUUCAGUGCACCGGCGAGGAAAAGAAACACGAGAUAUUAUCCAAACUAAAGGAUAUUAAAGCCAUGUGGGAAGAGACAGCCAUAUACAUUACGCAUUGUCACAGGUAAGAUUCCAGCCAUAGGAAUGUGCCAUUUGCCAUUUGCCAAGUCAGAGGUUCUCAGACCUACCUGAAAAUGUCAGGGACUGAACACGGGACCUUCUGUGUAGAAAGCCUGAUCCACCAUCUCUGUCAUUUUCUCCAGGGCAUCCCAGACUCUGCUUUUGUUCUUCUAGUUUGCCUGUGGAGAAUAUAUAGCCCUUCUAAGCCAGGGGAAGACCCUGCCUCGAACACUGUGUUGUCCCCCAUAUCCAGCAAAACUAUUAUGACACAACAAUAUUUAGUACUCCCUUAUAGCACCUUCAUAGCAAACGUACAGACAAUUUUAUCUGUGGUAAGAAUCAUAGAGCUGGAAGGGAUCCCUAGGGUCAUCUAGUCCAACCCCCUGCAACGCAGGAAUCUCAGCUAAAGCAGAUGGCCAUCCAGCCUCUGCUUAAAAACCUCCAAGGAAGGAGAGUCCACAACCUCCCAAGGGAGACCGUUCCACUGUCGAACAGCUCUUCCUGUCAGAAAGUUUUUCCAUAUGUUGAGUUGGAAUCUCCUUUCUUGUAACUUGAAGCCAUUGGUUCGAGUCCUACCCUCCAGAGCAGGAGAAAACAAGCUUGCUCCAUCUUCCAUGAUGCACUAGCAGAGGUAGAUCGGGCCAGUGGGCCCUACCUUGUGUUUUGAUAGAACCCUGAGAUCCACAAAACAGAGCCCAGUGCCGAAGACCUCACAAGCUGGAGGUUCCCCACUGGGGCUGAAGAACUAACAACAACAACAACAACAACAACAACAACAAUAAUUUAUUAUUUAUACCCCACCAAUCUGGCUGGGUUUCCCCAGCCACUCUGGGCAGCUCCCAACAGAAUAUUAAAAACAGGAUUAAAACUUCAAACAUUAAAAACUUCCCUAUACAGGGCUGCUUUCAUAUGUCUUUUAAAAGUCUGAUAGUUGUUUAUUUCCUUGACAUCUGAUGGGAGGGCGUUCCACAGGACGGGCGCCACUACCAAGAAGGCCCUCUGCCUGGUUCCCUGUAACCUACUUCUUGCAGUGAGGGAACCGCCAGAAGGCCCUCGGAGCUAGAGUUCAGUGUCCAGGCUGAACGAUGGGGGUGGAGACCAACCAUAGUGACAACAGCAGUAUGGGAAGGGAAGGGAAGAGGUCCAUCGCUCCCAUAGCCCAACUCUCUAUUUAUCCUUUUGCAGCCGUAUUGAGUGGGUGUGGCUACACUGGAGUGAAUACCUGAAAGCCCAAGAUGAAUUUUAUGUAUGGAUUCACAACAUGAAGGUGACUUUGGAGCCUGACAUAGAGCUGCAGCUUGGCCUGAAGGAGAAAGAGUGGCAGCUCAGCCAUGCCCAGGUCCUGCUGAACGAUGUUCUUAACCAGUCAGCCCUAUUGGAACGGCUGCUGGAAGAAGCCUCUUCCCUCUACAACAGGAUUGGGGACCCAAGUGUUGAUGAGGACAUCCAGAAGAAGAUGAAAGAGGAAUACGCAGACGUCAAGGACGAAGCACAGGUAAGGAGGGAACUAAAGGUGGGGAAAGACAGGAUAUUAAAGCACAAGGGAUUGCAACAAUAAUAAUUUAUUACUUAUAACCUGCCCAUCUGGCUAGGUUGCCACAGCCACUCUGGGUGGCUUCCAACAUAAUAACACAAUAAAAACACAGCAAAACAGCACGCGUUUAAAACUUUCUGAAAUAAUAAUAAUAAUCUCCAGUUCAGUAGGCACAACAGGAAGUCUAAUGUUGAUCCAGCUCAAUGAAGUUAUAGUGACACUUCUGGUUCCCAGUUGAACUCCCAAUCCCUCUCUCUCCUAAACUGAGCAUUUGAGUUCUUACUCAAAGAGUUUCACUUGCUCACCACUGGGAGCAAACUAAUGUCCCCGUUUUGUGCCAAAAAAGUAUUCUCACUCUUCCUGGCUGCAUUCUCCUUAAUUUUUUUUAAAAAAAAAACCAAAGCAAAAAGAACUAUAACUACUGAAACACAACUUUACGAGUUUCCUGCCAGUUUCUUUUCCAUUCAGUUGAGCCAGAAAUGGCCUAAAAGGUUUAUUGGCAAUUCGCUCUUGAAAUAAUGUAAAUAACCACUCAGGGGACAUCCUGUCUUAGCUGAAAAGGGAUAUUUCACUACUUUACUGCAGUGUAGGUUAGUGGGAAGCAUUGCUGGUGUUUUCUCUGUGUAACUUGAACCUGGUCUCAUAGCAGUUAGUUGGUACAUUCCUGACUGAGGCCAACAGAAUGAUCAAUGAGGGCGGUAACUGGAAAUGGGCGGAAAGCCUGGAUGAUUUGCAGGAGAUCAGUAGGGAUUUCUGACUACCAAUUGCUUAACAAUAGCAGCAAGAAAAUGACUCCUGCAUCCUAAAUUACUCUGCCGAAAUGAAGGAACCAGGAGUGGAUUUUUGUGCAAAAGGGUUGUGAGCUCUGUUCAGUUCUGGUGCUCAGAUCAAAUCCCCGAGUCCAUGCUUUUUUAAUUCUAAGUGCAUGCCUUCUGCAUCUAGCUCUGGCUGGCUGAUCCUGGACUUUACAAUUGCAUCCAUGUAUGAGUGGGCCUCAUCCCAGGAGUGGAACAAAUGGGAGAUUGAUACCCCAUCUGCACUGUACAUUUAAAGCAGUAUCAUACCACUUUAAACAGGCAUGCCUUCUCCCAAAGCAUCCUGGGAACUGUAGGGUGUUGAGGGUUGUUAGGAGACUCCCAUUCCUCUCACAGAGCUACAGUUUCCAGAGUGGUUUAACGGGUGCUUUUUCUGGGGGGAAGCAGGGGUACGCAUACCCCUAAACAUUUUGUGAAUCUACGUUUGGCCUCAUUGAAGGGUAGUCUUUCAAUAUGAGUAGGAAAAUGAGAGCACCCCUAAACAAUUUUUUAAGAAAAAAAAGCAUUGGGUUUAACUAUCAAUCCCUCUUUCCAAUGAGUUAUGGGAAUUGUAGUUCUGUGUGGGAAACAGGGCUUUCCUAAUGACUCUCAGCACCCAUAUCAAACUACACUUCCUAGAAUUCUUUGUGGGGGGGACCAUGGCUGUUUAAAGUGGUAUGAUGCUGCUUGAAAUGUGGAGUGCAGUUGUGCGUGAAAACUGGACACAGUUUUAUUGGCGACAGCAAUAUACAGGGUUGUCUAGGCAUGGGCAGGAAUAACGACCGGCUUCCCGAUGAUCCAUCCCAGCUGAUUUGUUGGGGUCCCCUCCUGGACGUUUCCAGCACAAGGUUUCCACUGUGGUGCAGGCCAAGUAUGAGUUUCACUGGCCAGCUUGGCUGAGCAGUACAAAGCCAUCCCCACCGCACAUUCAAGCUACGGCUGUCUAAUGCACUGCCCGCAAGACCCCACACACUGCCUUGUUCCUUUUCCUGCUCCACAGUUAUGACAAGAAACAGAUUAUUAUUUUUGUCAAACGUCCCUACAGAGCUCCCGCUGAGGGGGAAAGUGAAAAGCUCACAACUGCAUGCCAGUUUGGCGUGAGCAAAAUUCCUUUCCAGCCCUGUCAACCAGUGACCAACCAAGUUCCCAGCAAGGGAUCUGACGGGGGGGGGGGGUUGUUGUAAAGCAGGUCUCAUGGCAGGAACCCCCACCUUGAGGUAGUCCCACCUUCCCAAGAAGCCUCAUGAUAGUGCAGAGGCUUCUGGGCAAUCCCACAAGACCCAACCUGGUUCAGAAGAUGGCUCCCACUUCUCUAGGCUCGGCACAGAGGAUUGCCCCACCUUGAGAGGGUUGGCGGGCCAUAGGUAGAAAACAGAGUCAAUCAUACAAGCCUAAAGUCUGUGUACCCCUUUGUUUAUGUACACUGGGUUAGAAUCAGGCCCCAAACAUGCUUAUUUCAUGCAGGAUAGUGCAAAUAAACACGUUCCCCACUGCAAUCCAACUGGUAAGUCUGGGUUUUGUCGUGUUUCAGGUGAGGGAAGCAGCAACAACAACCUGGAAUUUCAUUUGGCAUCACUUUGCAUUGCUUUUACCAUUUUACCCUUGGUUAUUUCGGAUCUCUUUUUGUACACAAUGUUCCAGACAAAAGGUUUCGUCCCUGAAACACUAAACACAAAUAAUGCAGUCAUAACAUUUUAACUCUCAACUUGUGUGCCUGACAGGUUCCACAAGAAAUACCAUAGUCUGGAUCCUCUUGAUAGAUGUGCAUAAGUAGCUAAGCUUUCAAAAGCCUUGAGAAAUUGCAAUAGUUAUAAAUUAUAGCAGAGCCAGGCCAAAAAGGCCAACUGAUUAAAAAGAUAGCGUCUCAUUAAACCCUGAAACAUGCAACCUUGAUUCGCUUUUUUUUCUUUCUAAGUAACCUGUUUGCAUGGUUACAGAAAUUCACCAGAAAAUCUAAUUCCGAAAAUGAGAUAAGGAGCAAGUCAGGUCUCAGAAACAACCUUGAUCUAUUGUUUUUCAACAUCCAUGUGUCACAACAUUUCAAAAGACGGCCUAUUUAUUUAUUUGAUUUCUCACUCAACUUUUACCAUAAGGCUACAACAAUAAAAUAGAAGACAUAUUUUAGAGGACAUCUGAAGGCAGCUCUGUAUAGGGAAGUUUUUAAACGUUUGAUGUUUUACUGUGUUUUUAUAUUCUGUUGGAAGCUGCCCAGAGUGGCUGGGGCAAUGCAGUCAGAUGGGCGGGUACAAAUAAAAAAAUUGGUGUUGUUGUUUGAAAUAAUUUUUAAUAAAGAUUUUCUUGGAUUGCAAAAGAAUGUGCAUUGUAUAAUGUUGGAGGGGAAGCGAGAUGAGUUGUGGGAAGAGGGUGGGUGUCAAACGUACAAUAUGUUGUUGCUGCUGCUGUUAUAAAAUAUGAAACAAUUAUAAAACAAAGCAGUUACAACCAUAAAACAGGAAAAGUGGAAAAACAUGUAAAACCUGUUCUGUAUAUAAAACAAUUAAAAAACACACCAAUCCCAUUAUGUAAAGUAAUACAAAUGUUUGAAAACAAUUCCAUAUACAGUGGUACCUCGGGUUACCUAUGCUUCAGGUUACAGACUCCCCUAACCCAGAAAUAGUACCUCGGGUUAGGAACUUUGCUUCAGGAUGAGAACAGAAAUCGUGCUCUGGCGGAGCGGCGGCAGCGGGAGGCCCCAUUAGCUAAAGUGGUGCUUCAGGUUAAGAACAGUUUCAGGUUGAGAACGGACCUCCGGAACGAAUUUAAGUACUUAACCCGAGGUACCACUGUAUAUAUAUAAUUAAAAAACCAGUUAAAAAUUGUUGCAGACUGGGAUAAAAGUUCUCUUCUUAAAAGGCCUGUUGGAGGAGGACCCUUUCGCAUGUGAUAAUGCUGGAAUAAAACAACAACAACAACAACAAUUUGGCUGGGUUCCCCAACAACAACACUUAUUUAUUAUUUACACCCUGUCCAUCUGGCUGGGUUUCCCCAGCCAUUCCAGGCAGCUCCCAACAGAAUAUUAAAAACACGAUAAAGCACCAAGCACAGAAAAAAACAAGCACAGUCUAGGAGCUCAUUCACACUUCCACUUGUGUCAUGCCUAGGAAGCCUGGGUCUGAGCUCUUUCCCCCUUGCUGCACUCUUUUCCAAGGGAAAACCUGCUCUUUAGCGACAGAUAGGAACAAAUGGCAAUCUGGGGAAAUCCCAAAUGGCCAUUUGCUCCAAUUUCGUGCUACAGAGCCGUUUUCCCUAAGUGGGAAAGGAGCAUGGCAAGAGGAAGUGUUGCUAAGCCCUAGGUCUCGUUGACGGGCAAAUUAAGGGCAAGUGGAACUCUCCCACUGAAAUAAAGGUGCAAGGUCUAAGCCUGUUUACAGAUUUACUCGGAAGAAAUUCUUGUUGGGUGCAAGGUUGAGGCUGCAGCCAGUUGGACAGUUAAUGCCGAAACUUCAUAAGUUCCAUUGCGCAACCCCAGGCAACCCUAGCGCUUGGGUAGAGAAAGGCUUGCAGAAUGAUUUCCUUGUACAGUGGUACCUCGGGUUAAAUACUUAAUUCAUUCUGGAGGUCUGUUCUUAACCUGAAGCUUUUCUUAACCUGAAGUACCACUUUAGCUAAUGGGGCCUCCUUCUGCCGCCGCGCCGCGGGAGCAUGAUUUCUGUUCUCAUCCUGAAGCAAAGUUCUUAACCUGAGGUACUAUUUCUGGGUUAGCGGAGUCUGUAACCUGAAGUGUAUGUAACCCGAGGUACCACUGUAUUUUCAUGAGCAAAAAACGGGUAGAAAAUUGGAAGGCCCACACAGGCCCCCUGGUGGCUGUGGCCUUCAUCCGCAUAAUAAAUUGUGCAAAAGCUAAGUAAGCAGCAUGGAAGUGCAUUCUUUUUCCGCAGAUGAAGCGUUUUGAAAUUGUGGGUAUAAAAUGUGGAAAUCCAGCAUGGAUGUUUUGCAGAUAGAUUUUGGCAUGCUAAGCCUUUCUUUUGUUAUCUCGCCUUUUCUUUUCUAGAGAAUGAAAGACUGUGACCUCACAAAGCCCUUGAAAACCUUGCAUUCAUUUAAUUAAGUGCUUGGUAAUUACAGCAUCCUCAGGCCUGGGACACACUGUUUUGUUCUUGAGCUGAAGACAGCAGACUGUUUCAAAAUUCCCAAAAGCAGCCAAGUGACGGGUGUGUGUGUGUGUGUGUGCACGAGCACGUGAAGGGGCAAAGGGAAAAGAACAGACUCUUUGUGUUCUGGGUUUCUCAAAAAUGCAAAGUAUGAGGACAAAGAUAACUUUCGCUUUCCCUGUUUCUGAUGUUUCUCUUUUUGCAGAGGAGAGUGCAGCUGCUUGAAAAGAUAACAAAGGAACACGAGCGAUAUAAGAGCAACGUGGACCAGUUUCAGCUGUGGCUGACCCAGGUGACAGAGAGAUUAAACUCCUGCCUUAGUCAAGAAGCAAAAUCGCCAGCAGAGAACAGAAUUAAGUCGUUGCAGGUACUGGAAUGGUGUCGGAGCUUUCUGUCACGAGCGGAAAGCUUUACUCCUAUUUCCUCGUCCAUCCAUGAGCAGGUGUAUGAAAUGCAUGUUCUGAAAGAACUCAUGUGUUCCACCCAAAUAGAAGUCUGCAUUUCAAAGAUCCCGUCCCUCUGCAGCUUUGAAGUUCACAAGCAGGUUAGGGGAAGUUGCCAUCUCUGUCCGGCCUACCUCACAUGGUUGUUGUGAGGAUUUUUAUUUUUUUUAAAAAAGAGAUAUUGUACCAGUGUUGGAACCCUCAAUGCUUGGUAGGUGGUAGGGUUUCCAACUUGCGAAGUGCAUUUAUGUGCCCAUUUGGUAUUUUUGCCGCAAGGCAAAAAUUGAAUGUGCCAGAAAUUAACUAGGCAGGAUAGGCAUCUUCAUGUGGCAUCCUUGACCAACUGUUUUUUAAAAAAAUUAUUUAUUUAUUUAUUUAUUUAUUUAUUUAUUUAUUUAUUAUUAUUAUUACUACCUCACCUAUCUGGCUGGGCUGCUUGCAGCACAUAUGAAAAUAUAAUAAAACGUCAGACAUUAAAACCUUCCCAAUACAAGCCUGCCUUCAGGUGCCUUCUAAAAGUUCUGUAGUUCUUUAUCUUCUUGACAUUCCACAGGGAGGGCACUGAGAAGUCCCUCUGCCUGGUUCCCUGUAACCUCACAGUGAGAGAACCGCCAGAAGGCCCUCGGAGGUGGACCUCAGCACCUCAGCAGUUCAGCACAGGCUAACUCCUGAACACCUCUGUAUAUUGGCUCAGUGCUCCGAGCAGCGCCAGGUGACAUUUAGCUGACAUUUAAAUUUCCUGCAAUGUCCUGGAGCCGCGCUACACUGGGGGCAUUCUGGGAAAUAAAAAUGGUGGUCUGACUUGGUCACAUGUUACGGCUCAGAACACAACUCCUUGCCUCUAAGUAAGCCCACCCGGGCCCAUCAGACAGAAACACACCAGGCUCUGCCUCUGGCCACUUAAAUCCCACGUUGGCUCCACCCACUGACCUGUCCCUUGCUCUGACCACUGACUUGGUGUUCUUCCACAUGACCUGCUCAUUGGGCAUUCAUCCUGAUUUGCUUGCAGGGAGAUAAGACAAAGCUGACUAUGUAACGGGCACCCAUUCUGGUUUGUUUGCGGGCAGGUUAGAUGGUGCUGUGUCAAAGCAAGCGUUAUCCCACACUUUUCUCAGAGCAAAACGUCCAAGGUUUUGGGGCAGUGGGUUUGUUGCACAAGACUUCUCAGUCAACUGUACUUGCGUAACCUGAAUUUGCUGGUAUGCGAUUGAAUCACGGCCAAAAAAUAGCAACAACCUGGAAUUGCUCUAGCUAUUUUUAAAAAAUUGGAAAUUGACAACUCUGGGAGGAAGAGCAUUUAAAAUGAAAUAUUUUCAGGCAUUAUUUGGGGAAGGGGCAUAGCUCAGGGGGUAGAGCCUUGCGUGCAGAAGGUCCUGGGUUCAAUCCUGGCUUCUUCAGGUAGGGACUCCUGCCUGAAACCCUGGAGAUCCACAGCCAGACUGAGCUGGAUGAGCCAAUGGGUCUGACUCAGAACAAUGCAGUUUCCUAUGUACCUGAGUAGUAGUAGUAGAAUUGUAGAGUUGUGACCCCCGAGGUUCAUCUAGUCUAACUAGUCCUGGGAUGUCGUAGUAGCAACCUUGUCCCUCUAUGUAACUCUUUCUGAACCCCUUUCUCCUGUAGGACAUUGCCAAAGAUGUGAAGAGUGGGGAAAAGAAAUGGCGUCAUCUUGAAGCUCAGUCUACAGGUGUGAUGCAGAACACCUCCCCGCUGGGAGCCGAGAAGUUGAAAGAGGAGCUUGAGGAUCUGAAGAAAGCCCUGGAGAAGCUGAAGGUGGUCAGCGCUGAGGAAGAAGAGAGGCUGCUGAAGAGCCUUAAAUCGGAAAACGCCUAUCAUUCGCAAGCCAGGCUCUUGGAAGGCGAGGUCCAGGACUUCCGUAAAAGCCUGAAGAGAUUAGGAAGCACCUUUGAAUCAGAUGACAGAGUGAGAGGCGACGAAGACUUAAUCACUCUGUGGAGAAAAUUCAUGGUGAGUGAUUAUUUGUCAGGGACAGACAGGGAACAAGGAAAUUGUUAAGUCUGUAUUAUCCUGCCAGGCUUUCUUAUCUACACUUAUACAUGCCCAUGUGAUUGAAGUAUGCAAACUUGUUUUGCUCAGGGAAUUUUAAGAGCAAUAGGGAAGCAAUAUGGAACAAGAAAAUUGCCUUUUUCUAGAUAAAUGCAGAAUAAAAAUAUAUGCAAAUGUGCCCAGUAAGAUAAAUUGAUUUGAUGUGUGUGUGUGCAUUUUAAAUCAUAAUACCUUUGUGUUUUAAGGCAGCAAAGGCAACUCUCGCAGCAGAGGAAUCAAAGGUUGAGAGACUGAAGGCUCAACUGAAGGAUUUGUUCAGGUUUUCGCAAGACACGCAAGCACUUUCCGAAAGCAUGAUAGGCCUAAUACGGGAAUAUCAAAGGUAUUUGGGGGGAACAAGGAGGACAGGAACGAGUAGCCAUUGAAAAUAAACUAUACCUGAGAAGAGUUGCUUCAAAUGGGAUGGUGGAGAUGGGAGGCGAACCAUUUGGCUUCUAUCCAGGCAGCAAAAUGUCUUGGAUCACUAUUUCACAUCUGGCUCUGUUUGGUGGGGUAUUCAUGCAAAGCUACGCUAUACCAAGUCAGUCCAUUGGGUCACCUAGUGCAAUAUAUUCACUAUGCUCCAUCUCCACUGCCUUGGGUGUUAUGCCUCUGAAUACCGCUUGUUGAGAAUCACAGGUGGGCAGAGUGAUGUUGCGUUCAUGUCUAGCUUGCAGGCUUCCCAGAGGCAUCUUCUCAGCCACUGUGAGAACAGGAUGCAACAGUAGGUGGACCAUUGUCCUUGUGUCCAUCUCUGUAGCAGAAAGAGGUCAAGUGGGAGAUCCCAUUAUUGGAUACGUGGGGAAAGUGUUGGUGGCAAGAGUCUUCCUUUUGCUGCUGACCCUUAAGCACAUGUCCUUACUUAGGAGGAAAUGUUUAUUGGAUAAAAUGAGUCUUAUGGCAGCACCUCAGCAGGAUUUUGGAAAGGGUCUUCUCAGCCCUGUGUGGAGAUGCAAGGGAUGAAAUCUAGGGCCUGCAAAGCAAAUUGCUCUCUCACUAAGCUCUGGUCCUUCCUUGAAGUACUGGGUGGUCCUACCACAUACCUGGGAUGUGACCUAAAUAAGCUUUUUGGUCUUUUCCAACCUUACUAAUUGGUGUUCUGGUGCUGGAGCACAUCAGCAGCAUUUAGUUGGGAGAAAGACUCACAAUGGUCGAUGCUCAGAAACACCCCUGUCUAAAAUCCAGCGCAGCCAAUGGCAGUAAAUGUAGACAAUGUGAAGCUGGAAAGACCAGUGGUCUGACUUAGGGUAUAGUAUCUUCCCAUCUUCUGCUGCUUAACCCUGCUCGCCUGCCCUUAGUGCCAAAAUAGACUGUCAUUUCAUUUUAAAAUAUCAAAGCGGUGAAACUAUAACAUGAAUCACACAAAUAUUAAAGCAGAUCACCAGCUGACUAUUAUGGGAAAUGUCCCCCCCCUUACUUGUCUGUAUAAGCCCGGCAGCAAGGAAUUUCCCCCCACAAACCUUUUAAAGUUAAUGCAGAGAGCACCUGCUGAAUCUCUGCUGGAAGAGUUUUCCACAGGAAUAGGCAAUGACACUGAAUGGCUCAGUUUCGUGUUGGUGUUAAUUGAGGAUCCCCCCCCCAUAAUCAAGCGGUAUAUCAAUUUUUAAAAGUAAUAAUAAUAAUAAUUAAUAAAUAAAAACUUGGGAGGCAAACACUGACGCUCCUACAGACGAUCUCAGCGAUGGUGCUGAGAUAUAAGGGCUUAGAAAGUCCCUACAAUAACCUGGACCUAAGUUGUUCAGGGCUUUGCAAAUUAAAACAAAGGCCUUGAACCUGGCUCAGUAGUCAGUAGGCAGUCAGUUUUAAAUCACAUCAUUUGUUCCAGUGGCAAGGGAGGGUGGGAAGAAGGAUGCUUCUCCACUCGCUACCUUGCAUGGCAUCCUGCCCUCCUUCCUGUCUAUUCUGAAUGUCAGGUGUUGGCAGUCUGCUUUGAAAGUUGAACAAAACCACUUCUCCUGCUUGCCUGGGUGACAUCUGUCCUAAGAGCCAGCUUGCUCUGUAGGUCACUGUUAGUGCUGUUAGUCUCUAGGUUAGGGCUGCCCAUUUAUACAUUGUAAUCCUUAUCUUGAAAUGUUCUGUGCCUUGUUCGCCAUGCUUGAAGACAGACAAUACAGAGCUAGCAGUUGUUGUUGUUGUUUAGUCGUUUAGUCGUGUCCAACUCUUCAUGACCCCAUGGACCAGAGCACGCCAGACACUCCUGUCUUCCACUGCCUCCCGCAGUUUGGUCAAACUCAUGCUGGUAGCUUCGACAACACUAUCCAACCAUCUCAUCCUCUGUCAUCCCCUUCUCCUUGUGCCCUCCAUCUUUCCCAACACCAGGGUCUUUUCCAAGGAGUCUUCUCUUCUCAUGAGGUGGCCAAAGUAUUGGAGUCUCACCUUCAGGAUCUGUCCUUCCAGUGAGCACUCAGGGCUGAUUUCCUUAAGAAUGGAUAGGGUUGAUCUUCUUGCAGUCCAUGGGACUCUCAAGAGUCUCCUCCAGCAGAGAUAGCAGUAACAGUAGUGAAUUGCUAGGCAUGGCCCUUCUCUCCAGUUUUGCUGGGCUAGUCUCUUUCCCGUCAUAGAUUUUUGGGUACACCUAUCCUGCCAGUUUCUAAUAGGCAACCUCCUGUUUCCUACUUACAUUCAGCUGGGAUAGGCAGGAAAUCCAGCCUCUCUCUCUCUCUCUCUCCCUCUCCCCCUGAGCUUUGGCAAAAGACUUGCACUUCCAGGCUAACUGGAAUCAGGAAGUGACGAGCAUAUAGCCCACACCUUUCCAGACUUGGAGGAAAGAUCGUCGGUCUUGCAAAGGCGCGUUUAAUUUUGUUUGCGUCUGAAAAGCUGUCUUCCUUAUGUCAAGCGCAGAGCACGCUGGCAAGCUGAAAGAGGUUUGUCUUUAUUAAAUGGGUCGUUUCAAGAAGGCAGUUCAGAUUUUAGGAAGCAAGUCUGGGAUGCUUUCCAAUGAGGAGUAGCAAGGAAAAAGAAAACUCCCAACGUUUGCCAACGCAGAAAAACCAGAUUGCUGCCAGCUUGCUGCUUUGCAGGAAGUGGCAAAUCCUUAAGGGGCAGAAGCGGAAAAACAGCAAAGGUAGUUGUUGCAGGGCCUCUCAUCCUCCAAAACUAGUUUGAGGGCAACCUCCUCUUAUUGUAUACAAAGGGAAAUGAGAAUGUUGCUGUGCGGUGUCAAGUGAGAUGAAAACUCCUCACUGUCUCUAGUAUCUUGUUUAGCUAAAACAAAAGGUUUCUCCCAGGGAGAAUUAACACCCAGGAGAUGUUUUCUCCAAAGAUGUUUCUCCAUUAAGAUUGGCAGCUGCAUCUGGCCAGGUUCCAUCCAGCUAGAGAAAAGUGUUUUGCCAAGUGUUUGUAAAGCAGCAAAGAGAUUCUGAUUUGGGGAAGUCAUUGCUGGUUUCUGCCUGUCUAUGUCGGAGGGGAAGGGGCACAGCUCAGUGCUGGAGCACCUGCUAGGCAUGCAGAAGAUUCUGAAUUUAAUCCCCAGCAUCUCAGGACAGGGCCCUUGAAAGCCACUGCCAGACAGUACUAGACAUGAUGGUUGUGCUCUGCCUCCACUUCCAGAGGCUUUAUGCUUCUGAAUUCCUGUUGCUGGGAAUCGCAGGUGGGCAGAGCACUGUUGCACUCAUGUUCUACUUACAGGCAUCCCACAGGCAUCUAGUUGGCCACUGUGAGAACAGGACGACGGGCCUGAUGCAGCUGUUCUCAAUGCAGACAAUGCUGUGGUAGGCGAACCAGUGGUCUGUCUCGGGCGAUCUUUUUCCAGUUGCACAGGCCCGCUUAUGGUAAUUCCACACGGCAGGUGCACCAGGAAGGAAUGUGCAUCUUGGUAUCUUAAAAAUAAAAUAAAAAAGGUUUUGCUGUUCCUCUGAGUGGCAGAGGCAGCUGCCCGGAAGCAAGAAAACGGGAUUAUUAUGAAGCAGAGACUGAACUGCCUUGUGUCAAAAGAGCAAAGCACAGAGGGCAUUGACCAUUUGGCUUCCAAUGAAAAGGAAAAGCCAGGCCUUCUCUCUCUCUCUCUCUCUCUCUCUCUCUCUCUCUCUCUCUGCUUCAGCUUUGUAGCGUAGUUCUCUGUCUGUUUUUGCAGCCUGAAGCAGAAGACGUUUAAAAUGAGCACCGAGACUGAGACGGAACUGAGGCAACGCUUUCAAAACCCCGUGAGAGAGUUCCAGCUGUGGAAGCCAUCGGCUCAGAGGCUCCUGGACACAGCGGCGAAUGUCUCUGACCCGGCCUUGACAGACGCUUUUCUGCAUCAGAUAGAGGUGACAAGAUUCUCUGCAGUCCCUGAAAGCCUAAAACUUGGUCAAGCACAGAACCUGUUUGUGUUCACACACACACACACACACACACACACACACAAAUAAUUUGCUGACAAGGAGACAUGACACUGAUGUUUCUGCAACCGCUGGGCAGCCCCCGUUAAAGGAAGGCUUCUCUGUUACCAUAGGAAACAACAUUUAUUAUUAAAUAAUUACAUGCUGCUUAAUUCCCGGAUGGCUCCCGAGCCAUUUCGCGAAACAUAAAAACCAAUUGCCCAAUGUUGUUAAAAUACAGAACAAUUAAAAACACACCAUAAUUAAAACGCACAAUGAAACAGUCCCAUUAAAACAUAAAAAUAUAAAUGGCCAUGAUUAAAAUGUGCAGCAAAACAACCCCGUUUGUUUUCAACCCACAGUGAUGCCUGUCAUUAUGAUAAGAUCUGGAUGCAUCGAAGAACCCUAAGUUCUGUGCAUGGAAACACACCUCCCUUUCUCCCCAAGUCAGCAGAAUCUAGCAGUGAGGAAUAACAACAACUUAUUUAUUUAUUUAUACCCCACCCAUCUGGCUGGGUUUCCCGAGCCACUCUGGGCUGCUCCCAACAGAAUAUUAAAAACACGAUAAAACAUCAAACAUUAAAAACUUCCCUAAAUAGGGCUGCCUUCAGAUGUCUUAUAAAAGUCUGAUAGUUGCUUAUUUCCUUGACAUCUGAUGGGAGGGCAUUCCACAGGGCAGGUGCCACUACCGAGAAGGCCCUCUGCCUGGUUCCCUGUAACCUCACUUCUCGCAGUGAGGGAACCGUCAGAAGGCCCUCGGCGCUGGACCUCAGUGUCUGGGCUGAACGAUGGGGGUGGAGACACUCCUUCAGGUACACUGGGCCGAAGCCGUUUAGGUCUUUAAAGGUCAGAACCAACACUUUGAAUUGUGCUCAGAAACGUACUGGGAGCCCAUGUAGGUCUUUCAGGACUGGUGUUAUAUGGUCUCGGUGGCCACUCCUAGUCACCAGUCUAGCUUCCUCAUUCUGCAUUAGUUGUAGUUUCUGGGUCACCAUGAAGGUGGUUAGAAGUGGACUAGUUGUCUUUUGGGGAAGAAUUCCCAUCGCUAUGAUCUUCUCACCAAGAAAUCUCUCAUAAACAACCCAAGACUCCCAGGCCACAGCUUGAAAGCUAUAGAAGAUUUAAAACCUUAAACAGCCUGGGGCCAGGUUACUGGUGUGUGCUCAUAAGAGCAAAAGUUCCCUACCAGAUCAGACCAAAGAACCAUCAAUUCCCAACAUCCUAUUCCCUCAGCGGCCAACCAAACCUGCAAACAGAAUCUGUAUGCAGCAGUGCUCUCCCUACUUGCAAUUCCCAUAAAGUGAUAUUUUGCUUCCUCUAACGGUUGGAGACAGAACAUAGAUUCCAUAGCCAAUAGCAUUUUUUCACCCCAACUAGUACAAAUCUACCCAGUCCCUGAUACUGAGAUCCGAGAGCUCUGCUUUCUGGCCAGUCAUCAUUGAGAACAUUUAUACAACAGCCUUUUCUCAGUGAGCUCAUGGUGGCAGCCAAUGUAAUAACUUAGGAGUUUUAAAAACAAGCUAAGAACAGCAACAGUUGUUAUAAAAUACCAAACCAAAGGUAUUCACUAUCACAUUCCAUUGGGCUUGGAAGCAAGGAUUUUAUUGGUGGACACAGGACACAGGGCCUUUUUGGUGUUGGCACCGCAGCUGGGGAAUUCUCUCUUCAGAGAGAUUUGCCCAGCCUGUUCCUGUUUUCAGAUGGGCUUUGAAAAUUUUCAUUUCUUGGAGGCUUUUAUAUGCUAGGUUCUCAGAUUUUCAUGUGUAUUGCUGCAUUUUUGACAUGCGCUGGACUUUAAUGGUGGGGUUGGUGCUAUUUUGGAAAGCAGGGUACAAAUUAUUCAUGUGAAAAUGUGUUCUCCCCUGUAGGCAUUUCUGGCCGAAAGCUCUCGCUUUAAGGAGCAGCUCAUGAUGUUGCAGAUGAAGAAAGAUUUCCUGGGCAGCAUUUUCGAGGCAGAGAGAGCAAAGUCGCUCCUGGCUGAAGCAGCUGAUGCUGCAAAGGAAACGGAACACCUGCACAAAAGUCUGCUUCAGAGCAAAAUCAGGUUGCAGGUGAGACGCUUCUAUGGACUUUGCUCUUAGGCCACGGGAUGAAUUCUGUGUUUUGGGACCAUGAGUCCUCUUGUUAUUUGAUACACUUGUAUGCCUUCAUGUGAGUCUGGUAGAGUAAGCGGCGGAAGGCAAUCAUGCCAAACUGUGUGGAAUAAAAAAACAAUCUUCUCUCUCUUCGGAUAGGCUUUGGUGUCUCAGCAUAAAGACUUUGACGUGGUCUUCGAGCCUUUGCAGAAGAAAUUGUCUGCUAUCAGAGCCAAGCUGGAGGCAGAGAAGGAACCGUUGCCUGACCUGGCGGGCAAAGAAGCCCGACUGCAGAGGCUACAGGUAAUUGGAUGGUUCCUAUUCAGAAGAAUUCUGUUCUGGUGGAUGUCAUUACUCAGGCAAAAGAGCACCAUCAAUGCACAGGGUGUUUUUGUGGAGUCACAGGAGCGAGAGAUCCCGUGUAGUGUAGUGGUCAGUGCAUUGGACCUGGAGUUGUGAGACUUGGGUUCAAAUCCCCACUCAGCCACAGAGCUUACCGGAUAGCCGUGGGACAAUCACUCUCUUCCCUUGUGUCUAUUCUAUUUUGCAAAGUUGCUUUGAGGAAAAAAGGAGAGAGAGCAUGUCCACCAGCCUGUCUGUUUUUAGGAAAGGUGGGAUAAUUAAUUGCAAUUCCUUCAUUUUGAAAGCUGAGACUCUCUACCAUUUCUGUAUGUGCACCUCUGCACACCUUCUCCGAUGUCUUUGCAAGGCUCUCAUUCUCUCCUACACAUACAUAGUAAUGUACAGAAGAAACUUCUAUGUGACAGUGUGCAAAACUGUUGCGAUUAAACAAGAACUCCUCAGUACCUUCCCCAGCUCCCAGGCUCUCUCUGCCACUAGCUCUGAAGUUUAAAAUGUGGCUUGAAUUGUAUGCUAAGCUGCUGAACUGCGGGGAGUGGUGGUGAUAAUAAAAGUUAGAGAUGGGUGCUCAUUGCCCCUAAUGAAUGUGUUAGGGCAUUCAGGUUCCUGACAUAUUUGUUUGGUUUGCUGGUGGUACUGUUGUUUGAGCAAUUCUGCAUAUGGCAUCAUGUAAAAGGCACAACACAGAAUAUCCUCACUGUGAGGCUUUUCCCCCUGCUGUGCUCAGUUGCAGGGCAGUUGCUUUGGCUGCAGAAGGCUGUUGGUUUAAUCCUUGGCAUUGCCACUUAAAGGAUCCACUGUCGAACAGUAAGAGCUGUUCGACAGUGGAAUUUGCUGCCAAGGAGUGUGGUGGAGUCUCCUUCUUUGGAGGUCUUUAAGCAGAGGCUUGACAACCAUAUGUCAGGAGUGCUCUGAUGGUGUUUCCUGCUUGGCAGGGGGUUGGACUCAAUGGCCCUUGUAGUCUCUUCCAACUCUAUGAUUCUAUGAUUCUAUUAUCUCAGGUAUCAGCUAAACUGGUGACUGGGAGCGACCGCCGAGACCAUGUAACAUAUAUUGGCUCCCAGUACAUUUCUGAGCACAAUUCAAAGUGUUGGUGCUGAUCUUAAAAGCCCUAAACAACCUCAGCCCAGUAUACCUGAAGGAAUGUCUCCACCCCCAUUGUUUAGUCCAGACACUGAGGUCCAGCUCCAAGGGCCUUCUGGCGGUUCCCUCCCAGUGAGAAGGAAGGUUACAGGGAACCAGGCAGAGGGCCUUCUCGGUAGUGGCGCCCUCCCAUCAGAUGUCAAGGAAAUAAACAACUAUCUGAGUUUUAGAAAACAUCUGAAGGCAGCCUUGUUUAGGGAAGUUUUAAUGUUUGAUGUUUUAAUCGUGUUUUAAUAUUCUGUUGGGAACUGCCCAGAGUGGCUGGGGAGGCCCAGCCAGAUGGGUGGGGUAUAAGUAAUAUAUGAUGAUGAUGAUGACAAUCAUCACCAGGCAUUAUGCAUGAGCGGGUGGGACCAGAGCUGGUUGAGAAUCCCAACCCCCAAUGACAACUAGUCACUCCCCCUGAUGCCGCCAUAUAUUGCCGACUAGCCCUGGCCCCUGAUGCCAAUGUUUUCAGUGCAAAUGUCUCCAGGAAGGGAGACUUCACACUUGACAACUUGUGCAAUGUGAAAUCUUCUUCUCCAGGUCAUCCAAGGAGACAUGACAGAGUGCGCUGUUCAAAUCGAAGAUCUGGAACAACUCGCGCAGUCCGACCCAGCGCAGAUUAAUAAAACCAAGCAGCUUUCCUCCAGCUAUCAAAUACUGAAGAGGUCUCUGGAGGUAAAUCAGGUUUCGCUCAAUGUUUUGCUUUGUGGCAUAGUUUGCAUCGCUGCAGUUGUUUCUCCACAAGUUCCAGCCGGGCAAAAACGCUUUGGCUGCAAAGCAAGGUCAGUGAAUGGCAUGACUCUGGGAGACUUUCAAGGGCUAGAUGGAGAGGACUGAAGGGCCUCAUUUGGCCCCUUGGCCUAAGGUUGCCCACCACUGCUUUACCUCCCCCACCGCCCCACAGUUGCUAUUUUCAUUGGUGCUGGUGCAAAUAGUAGCGAGGGGCAGCAGCACAGAUUUUCAUUACAAUGCCUGCCACAAGCCAAGUCCUGCCUGGGCCUCCACACUUGCUGCUGUGGUUUAAGGACAAAUGCAAAGCCACAUUUAACAGUAAGUGUCAUUUGCCUCCUAAAGAUCGCAUAUUUAGCUUCUGGGGAGCCUGAUUCUCUGUGCAUAUUUGAUCCAAAGCAAGUCUAGCUGAGUUCAGUGGAAGUUAUUUCCACAGCGGUCCGGGAUGGACUCUCAAGACGUUUUUUUAAAAAAUGGAACUUUUUGUUGUCGCUGCUAUGAACCUGGAAGUCUCUGUUCAGUGCUUUAAGGCUGCUGAUGCGUGGGACAUAAAAAUCCAUCUUGGUGUUUUUCCAAAGCUUUCGGGGGAGGGAGGUGUCUCCGCCACUUCAGGCAUCGAUCUGGCCUUUAUAUAUUGUUGUGCAGAGAAUCUUAGUACUAGAUCAUCCACACAGUUUAUUGCCAGAGGAUUAUAACCGCUGGAAACAAAUAGCGUUAUGUAACAUAGCAAAUCAAUUUAGCGUCUAGUGAUUUGUAGGUGGGGGAAUAAAGGUCUACACUCGUUCUCAAAAGAAACAACAAGCUUGCUGCAAUAUUUUAGUUUGAUCGGCCAAACCGAAACCUAAAGGUGGUGAUAAAAAAUGUACAGUAAUGCAGAAAUUUGGGCUGGGUUUUCAAGAGGGAUAAAGUUGCUUGUAAAUGUCAAAAUCCUCUUUUAGGAAGACUUAAAAAAAAAAAAAAGCACCACCAUGAAUGAGAACUCCUUUUUUUGUUUUUGAUUUUACCCUGCAUGGUGGUUUGGCUGUUUAGGUCUGUGGUUUUGAGAAAAGAAAAAAAUGUGCCUUACAGCACAAAACAUACAUAUUUCUGUGUGCGUGGGUGUGUUUAUUUAUUUUAUAUAUGUGUGUGUGUGUGUGUGUGUGUGUGUGUGUGUGUACACACACACACACACACACACACAGUGGUACCUCAGGUUACAUACGCUUCAGGUUACAGACUCCGCUAACCCAGAAAUAUUACCUUGGGUUAAGAACUUUGCUUCAGGAUGAGAUCAGAAAUCAUGCUCCGGUGGCGCGGCGGCAGUGGGAGGCCCCAUUAGCUAAAGUGGUGCUUCAGGUUAAGAACAGUUUCAGGUUAAGAGCAGACCUCCAGAAUGAAUUAAGUUCUUAACCUGACGUACCACUGUAUAUAUUUCCUGUGCUGCAUCCUACUUCAUCAGAAAUAUAAAUAAAUGUAGGGAUUGGCUGAGCAACCAAUUCCAUUCCAUUCUGGUCUCGCUGUCACUCAGCCAUAGGCCUGUUCAAACCCAUUGUAUGCAUUUUGUACACAUCUUAUGCACACUUCUAGCAUGAAAUCCAAACUUUCCAGUGCUUUCACCAGUAAAAUGUGCAUUUUCUAUACACCUUCCACAUCUUUUAAGUUCUUAUUCACCCCCAAAAUGCACUGCAAUAUCCUGAGAAGGGCAUAAUCUGACUUGGAGUUGUGUUCUAAUCCACAAAUACAUUUGAGAGCAUCAGUUCAGGACAGGUCCACUAUGAAAAUCGGACCAAGCAAGUUCUCCCUCAUCCCCAGGGAUACACUUGCAUCGUGCAUUUUUAUGCCUAGAGCACCACCGUGUGGCCAGCUUUAAAUAUGCAAGGGUUCUUUUAAUUGCGUGCUGGUUAAGAAAGAUCUCAUUUUACUGCUGAUGCAGAUGUUACUUUGGUCUGCUAUCUACCCUCCUUUUUCAUUUAUGGAAAUGGUUUGCUCAUGCCGCCAACUUGCAGCGCAAUUGUACUCAUUUCUACUCUGAAAAAAGUACUGUUGAGUUCAAUGUGGCUUAUUGCAAUGUGAGUGUAUAUAGGACCACAAAUAAGGCUCCACCAGUACUAUACAUUUAAAGCACCGGUACUAUACACUUUAAGCAGGCAUUUUAGCACAAAUUUCUCCCAAUAAACAAUCCUGUGUGCACAAACAUUUUCUCCUAAUGCAAUGAAUUUUUGUAUGUUACUUUCAAUUACAUCUUCAUUUUUAUGCACGUUUUCUCCUAAAAUCUGCAUUUUCAUAAACAUUGUUUCGUUGGCAAAUUGCUUUGCAACAUUUGGGUUGGUGUGAAUUAUUUUGAAGGAUGGCUCGACUACGUUUUGGUUCUCAUAUCAUUUUAGAAAGCUCUGGUUUGAUGCAUGUGGUUUUAAAAUCAUCAAAUCAAAUUUCUCGCCCAUCUCAAGGAGUGUCAGAAUGAAACCUGGAGCUGCGUUGCAGCCCAGGACUGUGCAAUAUGCAGGGAGGCCUAAGGCACCAUCCUUGCUCACUAGGAGAUAACAAGGAGAGCCACCAAAACAUCUCUGUUGUGACUGAUUACUGAUGUGGUUCUCCCUGAUGUUCUUUGUAGAACAUGACAACCCAGAGCAAGCACCAUGUCCAAGUCCACUGGACAUUUAAUGACAAAUCAUCAGAUCUCCUGCAGUGGCUGACGGUGACCAAGCAGAAGCUGGAGUCCUAUCAGGAUGGCAAUGGAGGGUGGAAAACGAACAACAGGGCUUUGGACUUGGAGGUGAGGAACAUUUAUUUCCUUGUGAUGUCAUAGCCAUGCUGUGCAGGUGACAAAUCCGCCUGCCCCCACCUGGUGUCCUCCAGGUGUUUCUGACUACAACUCCCAUCAGCCCUAGCCAGCAUGGCAAAUGGUCAUGAGUGGAGAAAAUUGUAGUCCCUCGACAUCUGGAGGACCACAGGUUCCCUAUCCUUGGUUUAGAAUGAAGGUGAGGAACCUCAGGCACAGGGCCUAAUGUGGCCCUCCAAGCUUCACAGUCUGGCCCUUGGGACUGCCUCCAGAUCACAUCCCUUCCUCGGUCACUCUUGCCAAGCCACACUUCUCACCAGCCCUUGCUCUGUGCCCUUCUCAAGUGAUAAAGGCUCUCGCUUGCCUGGAGGAAAGGGUGGAGAAGUGUGAAUGUGUGUGCAGAAGCCCUUGACUUUUGCAUGACUGAAACAUAACCUGCUGUACAAAACAAAGUAUUACAUCCAUUGACCCACACCCACCUUUGCCUCUGGCAGCCAUUUCCAACCAACCUUGCACCCCUAAAAUGUUGCCCUCAAGGAAAUGCAGCUGAAAGGGGUUCCCCAUCCCGGGUGCAGAUGGAUCCGUGGCUGAUCUAGCAGGGGGUCCUCUUCUGUUUCCAUUUACAAAAGCAUCAACUGUGCGUAGACUGUUAGCAUCCGUCUGUUGAAGAGUUACAGCAUCUGCUGUACCUGUAGAGACUGAUUCUAGAGAGACAUGUUUUGUUGCAGCUGGGGCAGAUGAAGGCGUCCAGUUGUGCUGCUGCAGAUGCACCAUGGCGUUUUUUCUCUCUGUGCUCCUCCCAGUGGCAAUUCCUCCUCUGUUCACUGCUAUGGAUACACAGCCUAUCUGUCUGUUUCAUGGCACUGCGGUUGUAUGCAAGGAUUCCCAUAGGGUGGGGUUAAUGUUGCCAGCCUUCGUGCCUCGUUUGCAGAGCUGGUCUACCACCGGGCCUAGAGCUGGAAGCCAGCUCCCAUAGAGCACAUCCUUGGGGAUCCUGCCAUCUUCCAUUCUGUGGACAUGAGCCAAGCCAGCGUAGAUGUUGCUGAGACAGGAGUGCAGAAUGUGAGCUUGGGAGACCAUGCCUUUGUUUAAGACUCUUUCCUGCUAUGUGAUGCCCCAAAUCUUCCUGACACAGUGCAUAUGGAAGGUGUGGAGGCAUCGCUCCUGGCGGGUGUAAGUUGCCCACAACUCACUUCCAUAAAGCAGCAUGCUCAAGACGCAAGCCUGGUAGACCUUCAUCUUGGUGCUGGACAUUAGCAUCACAUUCUCCAAUACCCUUUUGGAGAGGCAAGCCAUUGCUGCAGCUGCCUUGCCAAUAUGCUUGUCUGGCUCAGCGUUGAUGGACCACUUUGGUGGCAUCUACAUGAUUCUGCGUGUUGUGCCCUGUGCCUUUCAGAGGCUGCAAACUGAGUUUCCAGACAGAGAGAUUCAGCUGCACCUCACUGAAGCCCACGGGCAGCUGGUGGCAGAAAACUCUUCGUUGGAAGGUGCUGAGAACAUCCGAACCAAAGUGAAGAGGCUAAAGGAAUCUUUCGAGUCUCUCGAAGGCAUGAUGUCAAGGUAGGCAGAUAGGCAGCUGUGAUAUUCUGCACUCCAAGUUGGCUGGCACAGAGGGUGGACGGAGCGAAAGGGCAGGCGAAGCCGUGGUUGCGUUAUUAGCUCCCAUUUCCUCAACACUUUGAAAGGUCUGUGUGGUUCGUGGGCUUCCAAGAGACAACUGCUUUGUUAGUGUGAGAACAGAGUGCUAGACCAAAUAGGCCUUUGAGCCUUUCCAGCAAGGCUCUUCUUAUGCCCUUAGGUAGCAUUUCCAGUUUGGGGCCUGCUGAUCCUCAUUUGGCAAUGUCGCUCAGCCUUGCAAAUAAGCCCACUAAAGUUACUAGCCUGCAAAAGUUGCCGGCUGUGGCAGAGGCUUCCCUCCUCUGCCAGUCGGCUCAGUUUCUUUUUCUAGUUGCAGAGGAGUGAUGGUUCCUCCUCCACCAACCUGUUCAUUCGCCUGCUGGCAAUGCCAUGUUGCCCAUGGCUACUCAGCAAGUGCUUAAGUAACAGUUCUGAUAUAGACACGGCACAGGAAGCAGCAGGCAGAGUGGCUUCCUUUCUGAGUAACUGCUGCAUGAAAGCUCCAAAAUGCUGCAGCAGUGGUUCUAGUGUGGUUAAACUGUUUAUCUAAAUGCAUCCCACAGUUUAUAAAGCUGUAUCCUGGUAACAAAGGAACCCAGCAGCAUUUGUGCUCUAUGGAAGCCUACAAGCAGGAACCAAUUCUCUUCCAAUAAGCCCUUAUAAUUUUUCUAAGUAGAGAGACAUUUUCAUAAGGUACAGUCAUACCUCGGGUUGAAUACGCUUCGAGUUGAGCAGGUUCGAGUUGCACUCCACGGCAACCCGGACGUAAUGGAGCGCGUUACUUCCAGGUUUCGCCGCUUGCACAUGUGCAGACACACAAAAUGAUGUCACACGCAUGCGCAGAAGCGUCGAAAAGCGACACGCACAUGCGCAGACGUGCUAUCGCUGGUUACGUUUACCUCUAGAUGUGAACAGGGCUCCGGAACGGAACCCAUUCGUAUCUAGAGGUACCACUGUACAUUUAAAGUACAUUUCCUCACCCUCCCACAAAUCCUAGGAACUGUAGUUCACAGAGCUACAAUUCCCAGGGUUCUUUGGCUUGGGGGAAAGUAUGCUUUAAAUAUAUUAUGUUUUUAUAUAUGUUGGAAGCCACCCAAAGUGUCUGGGACAGGGCACAAAUUAUUAUUAUUAUCAUUAUUAUCGUUAUUAUUAUUCACAGUGCUUUGUCCUGGGGGGACGCAGGUGUACACAUACCCCUAAACAUUUUGUGAAUCUAAGUUUGGCCUCGUUGAGGGGCAGUAUUUCAAUGAGUAGGAAAAUGAGAGUACCCCUAAACAUUUUUUUUAGAAAAAAGCACUGAUUAUUAUUGAUAAUAAUGCAUAGUGUGUACAUAGCCAUAAACUUAAAUGAUCUUCCCACACUUAACCUUUUCUGUGUGAGUGUUUCUGCUCCAAUAUUUAAUCACUUAAGCUCCAAUAAUUAAGCAUUAAUUUUUAGAUCUUUCCCAAUGCAGCUGAAUAAUACCAUCUAAGUCUUUAUGAAUCACUGUGGGGUUCUGGGAAUUUGAGCUUUCACCCCCUUUCCUUUAUCCAUAACUUUCCUGGCAAGUUGUAUGCUUUUCUCCUUUGCUCAGACUUCCACCUCCCCCACACACACUUUCCAAUCUAAGUAGCUCUUUCUUUCCCCACCUCCUGAGCCUGUCAGGUUUCCUCAUCAGUUCAGAAACCAGCCGCGGAUUGUAACCGUUUCCUAAUCACAGCUAGGAGCGCUCUGCUAGAACAAUCCCCUGGAAAGUAACGAUCCAUUUAAAAAGUGGCCUUAAAACGACAAGACCACGUCCAGGGAGAAUGAAUAAAACCCACUGGCAGGAACUUGUCACGGUAUCUUUUACAUCUCUGCUUCGUCCCGUGAUGCUGCUGUGCUUGUGCUGUUUGGGAGCUGGUGGUUCAGUUGCUAGAGAACGUCAGAGAAAGCUUAUCCAAGCAAGGUCAUCCAUGAAUCAAGAUGAAGGCAGGGAUUUAAUGCCUCACUCUUCUGGUUGUUCCCAGUGCAAGCAUUUCUGCUUGCCAGACAGAAUGGUCUCCCCCCUCUCUUCCCCCUGUACACUCAUCUAAGGGUUCUCCUGUCCUUCUGGAGUGGAUUGGGGCUGGGGUUCUAACUACCCCAUGCUCCUUCCAUCCCUCCUCCUCAUCUGACGGCUCCCUCAAGGACACCAGCUCAGGGCUCAUGACAAUAUUGGCCACAGCUUCAACACACUAUGUAGCCCAUAGGAAUCUUUAGUAAGCUUAACGGUUUAGUUGGUGGUCCCAGGAUGAAUAAGGGAGGCAGUGGAGUUUUAUAAACGUUACAAGCCUUAGCUUAACUAUCUCUCCUCUCCCCUCCCCUUCUUCGGUUUGACCAUAGUCUCCUCCAGAAAAUCUACCCAAACAGGACAACAGUAGAUGCCGGCAAGAAAACAAAGUUUUCAGCCAACCUGUCAUCCCAUGGUUUUGCCAUUCGCUCUACAGAAGAUCUCAACCACUCCUGGGUGAGAAAAGCAUUUUAGUCACCUUUUUGCUAUGACUUAAGUUUUGUGCAACAGGGCUGGCGAAGGAACAGGUCUGAGCCCCUGUAGCAAUUUCACGGCUGGGGUCAUAAAGGUGAGAACCUGUUUCAGCCAGAGCGCUGUGUUCCCUUGUGUUCCCUCGCUUCUUCAGACACUAGGUCAGGGUUUCUCAAACUUGGGUCUCCAGCUGCUAUUGGACUACAAUUCCCAUCAUCCCAAACCACUAGUCCUGCUAGCUAGGGAUGAUGGGAGUUGUAGUCCAAAAUUUGCUGGAGACCCAAGAUUGGGAAACCCUGCUAUAGUUCUCACCAACUUCUGAGGGUGGAAAUCAGAUUGGCUCAGACUUGCCUUUGUCAGGAAGCGCAUUGUAGAUUUGUAGCUGUGUAAGAUGCUAAAUAUCUCCGUUCAGUGUAUGCAAUAUGAACUGGGCUCUUCUAGUCUGUUAUUUUUGCUUCGCCCAACUGGUGCUUGGUAGGGAGAAUGGGGUGUGUGUGUGUGUGUGUGUGUGUGUGUGUGUUUCACAAACUCAGAUCUACCACAAAAGCUGCUCUGCUGCACCCCCUAAGCUGGCCUGUUUGCUCACAGUUACAGUGGCAGAUGCUGUCUGGUUGCCAGUGUGGAACUGAUAUUUAGCUGCCAGCGCAAAGCUUUUCUCUUUUGCAUUGUACUGUGAACAUAGGAAGCUGCCUUAAUUUGAGUCAGUCCAUUGGUCCAUCUAGCUCAGUAAUGUCCACAUUGACCGACAGCAGCUUUCCAGGUAUCAGGUAGGAGUCUUUCCCAGCAGUACCUGGAGAUACCUGGGAUUGAACUUUCUGCAAACAAAGCAGCUGCUCUACCACUGAGCGUUGGCCCUUUUGCCAAGAAGGGAAUACGAAGAGGUGGGUUUUCCUAUACGCAGUGGCUUAGCUCCAACACGAUGGGUGCUGGAGCUCAAAUCUAGUCUCAUAAACUCCCAACUUCUGCCUUUCAUUCCCAGUCCUAACUGGGACAGGCAAUGGUUACUCAAUAGGGGAGGAAAUGUACUCUGCAGAUGGCAAUUGGCACACUCUUUUUUUUAUUGCCAUUGCUUUACAUGUUCCAGGACUGACCCCUGACAUUGAAAAUAGGUGGCAGGACUGAGUAUGCAGGUGCCGGCUCUGAAUGUUGGAGAGAGCCCUGGUUCAAAUUAAAUCCUGAUUUUGCAGCAGACCCUUUUUCUUCUUCUUUUUUUUUUUUAAAGAGGCCUGUGCUGCUUUGUUUUAAUUCCGAGUGUGUUUUCUGCAGUUUACAACUCUUCGUUCAGCCAUCAAACUUUUUAAUAGGGAACCUGGGGCCAUAUUCACAGCGGGUGUAGCUUGUAACACUGACAUUCAACCAAACGGCAAACACCUUGGGAACGGAGCCUGUUCUCGGCUCUGAAAUGUUUUGAAUGUGAAAAGGGCCGUCUUUUCCAGUACCUUAAAAGUCCUUCUUAGCGUCUCCCCUAAACUGGGGAUCUAUGUUCAUUUCAGAACGAAUGAAGAAUGAAAUCAAAUGGGACCAACUCUGUGCUCAGGGAAACAUCAUUGCAGAUCAGAGAACUCCUUCCUGAGUUCUGCGUUCUGCUCCUUGGUGGUUCUCAAUGGCAGCUGGUAGGAAAACCUUCUGCCCACCAACAAGCAUAAGAAGGACAACUCCUUGGCAUUUUCCUGCCCACCUCAGAACCAAAUUUCAGUCUAACCUAGCAGCAACUUUUGGGCACAUUUAUAACGGCAGCAGUGGGUUACAUUGUGGGUUGAGCAGACAGGUUUAAUAUCUUUCUGCCCAGUCCUGUGUCACAAUAGGACUAAUCCUCAAGGAUCAAUGGUGGGGGUUUCUCUGUCCAUGUGGCCCCCAGAAGGCAAUGUGACCCUUGGGCUAAAAAAGGGUUAGUCACUCCUGCUUUAAACUUUUUUUCAAAUCCAGUUUAAAAAAUCAAAUAGUGUCCCAGUCUAGUUAUUAUUUAUUAUACAGUGGUACCUUGGUUGUCGAAAGGCUCGACUCCGGAACAAAUCGACUCCCGAAUGCCACAAACCCGGAAGAGUUCCAGUUUGUGAACGUUUUUCGGAAGCCGAACUUCCAAUGCGGCUUCCGCUUGAGUGCAGGAAGCUCGUGCAGCCAAUCAGAAGCUGCGCCUUGGUUUUCUUUUCUUUUCUUUUAAAUAAUUUUUUAAAAAAUAAUUUUUAUUGAAUGAUUUUAUGUUACAAAAAACAUUACAACCAUACUACCACUAAAUAUAAUUGAGAAAUAAAAAUUACAUACAUCAAUAAUUAGUUUGUUAUUUGUUAUUUACUGUCUUAUUUCCUCCCAAACGUUCCAUACAAAAACACACAUAUGUCUCGAACGGUUUCGAGAGUCGAAUGGACUCCCAGAACAGAUUAAGUUUGAGAACCAAUGUACCACUGUAUUUGAAUGCCAUCCUUCAUCCAUAGAUCUCUGGAUGAUUUGCAUCAUAAAAAUGCAAGUUUAAAAACACAAAAUACAUAAUAAAAGCAAACCAAAACAAUAAUCUCACACCACCUCCCACAAACACAUUUAAAAGGAUACAGGAUGUUAGUCAGCCAAAGGCAUGGUUGAAGGGGAAUGUUUUCGCCUGGCUCCUAAAGGUGUAUAAUGAGGGCACCAGGAGAAACUCCCUGGGAAGAACAUUCCACAAAUGGGAUGACAGAAGACAAGAUAAAUGAAUGAUUUGUUUCAUAGCUGACUCUGCUGGGCAUGGGAUACAACUAUUCAAUAACUCAUGGGGGAAAGUGUAUGCCCUUGUCUUCUACAUUUGUGUCUUUUGCAAUUGUUUCUGCAACUCAGGAGAACAUGGCCAAAGAGGAAGAUACUGAUGAUCUCCAGCUCAUCAAGAACUUUGAGCAGUGGUUGCAAGAAGAAAAUGCCAAGCUGUCCGAAAUUCUCGCCCGGAAACCAUCCAGUGGUGAAGAGGUUAAAGCAAGGCGCAGCAAGUUAAAGGUUUGCUCCACUCCACGAUGCUGCGUUAAUUUCACAUUACUGUAUGGUGUGCUUGCAUGUGUGCUUGAGAAGACACCCCAGUCUGGUAUGUUGCAAUGGGUUAGGGACAUAGGAAGCUGCCUUAUGACAAGCCACAGCGUUGGUCCGCCAAGCUCAGCAUUGACUGCACUGACCAGACUGUAAGCUGCUCUCCAGGUUUGCAGGCAAAAGCAUCUCCCAGCCCUCCCUGGAGAUGCCAAGAAUUGGACCAGGGACCUCCUUGCAUGCACAGUAUGUGCUCUACAACUGAGCUGUGAGCCUGUCCCCAAUAUCCCCAGAGAAGUCUUUCCACAUCUUUCAGACUAGCAUAGUUUUAAAAGUAGUUCAGAGUGGGGUUGUAGAGUUGGAAGGGAACCCAAAGGGCAUCUAGCCCAGUGCUAAAGAAUCCUUGACAGAAGGCCACCUGGCCUGUGUUUAAAAACCUCCAAUGAAGGUGAGGCCACCAAAAUCUCCUUUCUUAUAACUUGAAGCCAUUGGUUCAGGUCCUCUGCUCUGGAGCAGGAGAAAACAAGCUUGCUCCUUCUUCCAUGUGACAACCCUUGAGAUAUUUGAAGGCGGCUGUCAUAUAUCCUCUCAGUCUUCCAGGCUAAACAUGCCCAGCUCCUGCAACCGUUCCUCAUAAGGCUUGGUUUCCAGGCCAUAGAUCACCUCGGUCACCCUCCUCUGCACACGUCCCAGCUUGUCAAUACAGUCGUACCUCGGAAUUCGAACAGAAUCCGUUCCGAAAGUCCAUUCGACUAAUGAAACAUUUGACUUCCAAAGCGCAGCUUCUGAUUAGCUGCAGGAAGCCCCGUCGGAUGUUCGGCUUCCAAAAGAACGCUAAAAAAUAGGAACACUCACUUCUCGUUUUCAAUCGUUUGGGAGCUGGAACGUUCGACUCCCAAGGCGUACGGGACCCGAGGUACAACUGUAUCCUUGUUUUAGUUGGUGUUUUCUUUCUUUCCUUCUUCCUUGUGACAGCCCUUAAGAUAUUUGGUAUCUCCUCUUAGCCUCCCCCUUAUCCAGGCUAAACAUAUCCAACUCUGUCAACCUUUCCUUCUAAAGCUUGGUUUCCAGACCCUUAGAAGAAUUAUAUAAAUAUAGUAAAUAUAUAUUUAUGAAAUAUAUAAAUAUAAAACCAUGUAAAAUAAAACCAGGCAGCUACACAGGAAUAAAAAAAUGGGAAGCGUCACUGCUUUGUGAUCCGCCUUCCCCUUUGGAAAUAUUUGUGAAAUGCCCCAUAAUUACUGUAUGUGUAAUGGGAAAAGGCGGUGUUUUCUCUCUUCACCGCUACCACCUCGAUCGUUUGCACAACAAAACGGUGCUUUAUCGCCUCACGUUCCCUUCCAGGAGCUUCAGUCUCGCGUCCCUGAGGGUCAGCAACAUUUUGAAGAUCUCCUGCGCCUUCGGCCGAUUGUUAAGAACUCCGAUGAUCUGGAGGAACUGCGCUACAGAUGGAUGCUCUACAAGUCGAAACUGAACGAUUCCGGCAACUCCUUGGUAGGCCUUGUGAUCUGAGGAUAGGUGGAUUGGGGAUCUUUUACAUUACACACUGGGAAGCAAGUGUGGUGUAGUGGUUAAGAGCGGUGGACUCGUAAUCUGGUGAACCGGGUUCGCUUCCCCGCUCCUCCAUAUGUAGCUGCUGGGUGACCUUGGGCUAGUCACACUUCUCUGAAGUCUCUCAGCCCCAUUCACCUCACAGAGUGUUUGUUGUGAGGGAGGAAGAGAAAGGAGAUUGUUAGCUACUUUGAGACUCCGUAGGGUAGUGAUAAAGCAGGAUAUCAAAUCCAAACUCUUCUUCUUCUUACCCCAUUUAGAAUAGGGGUGUUAGGCUUGCGCUGUUCCCCUUCUAUCCAGAGGAGCCAUAUUAUGCAUGGUCAUAAACAAAGAAAAGAUGCACAGUUAUACUUGGUACGAAAUGGGUAUAUCGAAGUCUGACGGUCAGAUUCACAUGUUUCAUGGAUUUUUAUUAUUAUUAUUAUUAUUAUUUGGAGCACUUGUACUCUGCAGCCAAAAAGGCUUCCAAUCUAAAAACAAAACAAAACCAGGACAAACAGGGGAAAGGAAACAGGGAGAGGGAAGAGCAGAAAACAAAACUCAGGCACCAAUUCUGAGACAGUUUUUCUUCUAAUGACCAGCUGGCACAGUUCGGGGUAGCAGGUGCCUGGUACAGCUGGCCUUUUGAGAAAGCAGAUGGGUUGAGCCCUGCUUCCCAUCUCAGAUGGAAUGACUGCCCCCAAGUGACGGUGGAAGGAGAGGGGGUUCAAUGGAACCGGUCUAAAAUGUGGAAUAUCACAGGGUACUAAAAGGAGUCUAUGAUUAUCCUGUGCCCCAUGCUGUUGGUACCCAUCAGUUCAAUGCAUUAGGCGAGGGAAGAUGUUCUUGGGUUUUUUUGUUUGUUUGUAGUUGUGCCGUGCAAAAAUUCAAAGUACUUGAAACUGACACUAUGAACCUGAGUCUUUAUAGGUGGAUGCAUGCGUUACUAGCUGCCAUCAAAAGCAGCACCAUCUUCAUUUUCUUCCACUGCAGGGGUGGGGAUACUCAGCCCUGGGGGCCAAAUGCAGCCUUCUAUGCCCCUCUCCCUGGCCCUCAAAACUGUCCCCAGCCCAGGCCACACCCACUCCCCAGGUCAACAUUCCUCGCCGGCCCCGUUUUACACCCUUGAAAGUUUUAGUCUCGUAAUCUGGUGAACAGGGUUCGCUUCCCCGCUCCUCCACAUGCAGCUGCUGGGUGACCUUGGGCUAGUCACACUUCUCUCUGAAGUAUCUCAGCCUCACUCACCUCACAGAGUGUUUGUUGUGGGGGAGGAAGGGAAAGGAGAAUGUUAGCCGCUUUGAGACUCCUCAGGGUAGUGAUAAAGCGGGAUAUCAAAUCCAAACUCUUCCUCUUCUUCUUCUAUGGAGGAUAGAAAGUGGGGGUGGGCUGGGGAGUGCAUGUUAAAAACCUAGCCUGCCGUACAAAGGGAAUAUUGACAUUCAUUGCUCCUUCCACUUUGCCUCUGGCUCUGCCCACCACUGGCAUGCAGCCCCUGGAAGGUUGCAGAGAAUGGAAUGCGGCCCUCUUGCUGGAAAAGGUCCAUCCCCCCGCACUGUCUCUGUUAUAAUGGAGGGGGGAAAUGUGUGAUUCCAUUGCCCUGCACAUUCCCCUACCCUGAGGUACUUUACUGGCCGAUGCUUGCAAGGUUUGGGGAAAUGUUUCAGCAUGCCUUUAGCUGGUCUGCAUGUAAUUUGGGAAAAGAUGGGGAGAGGCAGGCCAAGCAGCUCCAAUCUUUGCUGUUUUGUAUGAAAAAAGUGCUUAAAAUUUUAAGGGAAUUUGCUCUUCUUCAUUCCCCAGUUCUAAAUGCAAUGAUUUUUUAAAAAACUGGGGUGAAUAUGGAGUAAUAAGAAAGCUAGAUGGGAAAAAAUACACAACAAUCAAAUGUUGGCUAAAGUGCAAGUAAGAAGUUAAUGUCCAGUGUCCUUACUCUGUGGUAAAUGUGUGUAGGAAUCCAGCCUCAGUGGUGCGCUUUUACUGUGCCAUCCCCUGCAAAACUACAACUAGUCAGAAGGUGUCAGUGAAAUCAUAGUUAUUUCUCUUGUAAGCCUAAACCAGACUUUAACUUGCUAGGGAACAAAAUCCAUUUGGAAUUUAAACUGGAUGUGUGCUAUAAAGCUCAUUAAAUAGAAAAUCACCUGCUGCUUUAGCUUGUCCAGACGAUGAGAAAUUUAAAGCAACAUUCCCCUCGUGAAAUAAACAUUGGCUUAUAGGUUCCAUGGGGAUACCGUGGUUUCUUUUCUUAAAACAAAAACCCCAGUGCUUUUGUCUUUUUUAAACAGGCAACAAGCUCUUUGGAGGAGACAGACACAUUCAGAAAGGUAAGAGUGUGUUUUUGUUUGUUCACAGAAAAGGAGAGGGAAGGGCAUAUGUGUGUUUGUGUGUUUUAAAAACAUAGUUGUCCAAUAAUGAAAUGAAAUAUAUUUUGUUAUGGAGGGCACGGCUGCAGGAUUAGAAUCCCCAACAUAGAAUUAUACUACAUUGCCAACCAAGUGUGCCACAUAAUCCGAUGCAUUCUAGAAGACGAAACAAAACAAUGGGUACACCUGGAGAGAGACAUAAUCAAAAACACCCCCACCAUAGCAUACCCAUUUCUCCCAAACAAACUAAGGAAAAUCCCCACAAUACUAUAAACAGGUUCACACAGACCAUACUUAAAGCAUGGAAGGAAGAAGCAGGCAAACUGUCCCCAACCUCAAUCCCACUAAUCCCACUGGCUCACCACCCACUAUUCCAUCACGCAGCACAAAACCUCCAGGUAAAAACCUGGCAAAUCAAAGGCUCAUAUCGCCUAUACGAUCUGAGGUGAAACCAGAGUUUAAUAAAGAUUGGAAUAAAUUCAUGGCAUACAUGGAAACAGAGGUAAAAAAAAAUUAAAAAUCACAGUAGGUGUGAUAUAACACUUGUGAUGUAAAAAAUUUUUUUUGAGGAAAAGAAACUGCAGAUAGAAAAUUUUUAUAACACAUUCCGAAACCAAGAUGAAGGGAAAUCAGUCAGUGUUGUGUGUUAUGUAGUUAAUGUAGUCAAUUUGUUGUUGUCUUAUGUCAGGAGUAUAUAUAUAUAUAUUUAUAUAUAUACUUUUUCUUUAUUUAGCUUUUUUUGGUGUGAAUGUGUUGUGUAUGUCUUUUUUGUUUGUAUGGUGUUAUAAAAUAAAAAUAAAUAAAUAAAUAAAUAAAUAAAUAAAUAAACAAAGGCUCAUAUCGCCUAGCAGACUUCUACAAAAAUAACAAAGCCACAUUGACACAAGAAAUACAAGACAAACUAGGGGACACCCAAAUGCCCUGGCUAACACCACCAGCUAAAUGCCUUCUUAAACAAUCCAGUAGGAAAUCAGCAGCAACUAGGCCCUUGGCAACCUUCGAAAACCUCCUCCUAACAACAAAGGGAUACAGUAAAGGGAUGGUAUCCGCAAUAUACAAAAUACUACUCCAAAAUCCCACAAACUCCCUAGACACAAUAAAAAAAAAUGGGAGGAUGACAUAGGCUAUGAAAUUAACCCUGCUUAAUGGACUAGAAUGUGGUCUAAACCUCCCUUUAAAUCCAUCUCAGCUACAAGAAAAGAACUCACCCUGAAACUCACUUACAGAUGGUAACUAACACCAUUGAAACUAACACUGAUAUGCCCAGGAGCCUCACCAAAAUGCUGGAGAAGCUAUACCUCCACAGGCACAUACCUCCACAAGUGGUGAGACUGUCCCAAAAUCCAACUCUUCUGGACAUCAGUUAUACAAGACAUAUGUAAAACAGCUAAACAAGUAUUAGAGGUCAUCCCAGAACUGGCCCUACUGAACAUCUUCCAAGAUAAUAAUGCCUACUCACAUUAUAAAGAGCUCAUAACCCACCCAGUCUCAGCAGCUAGAAGCAUCAUGGCCAGACACUGAAGAGAUCUGUCAAGAGUGAACAUGGACCAAUGGUAUCAAAUAGCAUGGGAAAACUUACUAGAAAAACUAACCAAUAAAUUGAAACAGACACAGGGACAAAUAGAAGAUGCCUUCACCCCAGUAUGGUUCCUCUUUAUCACAUACGUAGCCCAACAAGACAAGAAUCCACCAACAGCAUAUAAAUCAAUCUGGCUAACCUGACCCCAAAACCCACCCUCUCACACACAUAAACAAAUCUCACUGCAGUCAACCAAAGACAGCCAACCACACCCUAGGCCACCCCCAACCUCUCUCACCACCAAGGAAAUAUAACAAGCAAAUAGAAAGAGAACCCCCACAAGUGAUGCCGACACAAAACCCCACACAUACACUGAGUAGAAAAAUAGAAGCAGUGCCACCUGACCCCUCUUUCCCCCUCUUUUCUUCCCAACCUAAUACUGCAUGCAACACUAAUGUCUCACAACAGAUGAAACUGAUCUGUAGAAAACACAACUUGAAGAAAGAGACAAUGCACGUAUUUUAGUAAACUAAGAAAUCUUUAAUAAAAAUUUAUAUAUAUUUAAAAAACAGAACAGCAGUCUCUUUUAGCUCUCUUUGCUUAUCUCAUUUACCAUUAAUAAAAUUGUAAAGGAAAAUAUAUAGAGAGAGAGGAGUGCUUCAAGAACACAGAGAAAGAGUUGCACUUGGUGAAGUCAAAAUAAACAUUAGAGGAAAGUACACUAAAAUGUGAAAGUAAUUUUUAAAAUUUCAAACACUUUAAAGCAGUUUUCGCUGACCUGGUGCCCUCCAGUUACUUUGGACUAUUCCCAGGUUGGGGCUGAUGGGAGCAGAAGCCAGCCCCAGUUUGGCAAAGACUGCUUUAACAUAGACAUAAGAUGUAUCAAAAGCAGUUCAACCAUGAUGGCUUUGCUUUGAACCACUCCUGGCCAUUUUAUGAAGUGAACAGUUGAGGAGCCCUAAAUGUCUUCUUUUUUUCUAAUAUGGUUCACCCUUUCCUGGAGGUGUGCAUAUACAGUGGUACCUUGGUUUAAGAACAGCUUAGUUACGAGAAACUUGGACUAAGAAUGCUGCAAACCCGGAAGCAGGUAUUUUGGUUUGCGAACUGUGCCUUGGAAUAAGAACAUGUUUCACUUCCUGUUGAGUGUGUUCCAUUUGUAAAUUGAGUCCCCCGCUGCUAUGGGAAAGCACGCUUUGGUUUAAGAAUGGACUUCCGGAACGGAUUAAGUUCGUAAACCAAGGUACCACUGUAUGUCCCAGCAGCCUACCAUGAGGUAGAUUACACAUUUGUUUUCCUCAGCAUCCAGUGUGCUCCCACCGCUGCCCUGGAAAGUGAAAUACACACACUGUUAGCCACAAUUGUUGUUGGUGUUGUCAUUUAAAUUUGUAUACCACCCUUCAUCUGUAGCUCUCAGGGCGGUUCACAACACAAAAUUACAAUAUAAAAAACAAAACAAAAUACUUAAUCAAAACAAGAACAAACACAAACCAAAAAUACCCCCCCCACACACACACACAAAACACAUUUAAAAGGGCAUCGUAAGUCAGUCAGGUUGAAGAGGAUAUAUUAAAUUAAGCCAGUGGUUUUCAGACCAUUUGCCCUCAGGAGAGAUUUUCCCCUAGUGGUUUGUCCACUAAGGAGGCACCAAGAAUCUGCUACAAUGCCCCUACGAUCCAUCAGGGAAUGUUCUUCCUCUUGCAUGGAGGUUCUGAUGGCGCUUCAUCCAAGGAAUUGACAUGAUCUAUAUUACCUGCUUAGUUUCAGCAGUGCUGCAACCUCAGAUGCAUCCACAUCAUUCCAUGUGGCUGCACAAGCUUUUGGAUUCUGGCUAUUAGUAGGAUGGGGGAAUCAAAUGUUGGAUAUUGCCAGGGCUUGGCUAAAGUCGAUUGAUUCCCAUCUCCCUCCCUCAGUAGGAACAGCUCAAGCGGCAGGAAUGUUUCUCUUAGCAUCCAUUAUACCCCUAGGGGGAAAACAUGCUGUAUUUAAUUCUUGAUGGGAACAUUGCCAGACGCCGAGACAAAAAUACAGUUUUCCUCUCUGUAAGGGAUGGUUCGAAAGACCAAUCAAGGCCAUCCCCCGGCCCCAUUUUAAUAUUUGCUUAUUUUGCUUGUAUUUUUAGAUAACCCUAUCCCCGCUGGCUUAUAUAUGAACAUUUAUAGAGAUAUAGAGCUAGUUAGAUUUCAUGAGCAGUGCAAUCUUGUGCAUGUUUUGCUAGAAAUAAGUUCCAGUGAUUCAACGAUACUUAGGCAGCAUUCACGCCAUCCAUUUAAUGCACAUGUUUGUUAAAUUUCUAUACUAUCCUUCAUCCAAGGAUCAUAGGGCAGUUUUACAAUAUAAAAACACAAAAAAUACAUAACUCAUAUAUGCGUUUGCAUACAUAUGUACUAGGGAUGCUCAAAAAAUUCUCCCCAUCCCAAUGUAUGAGGAGUAUGGAAUUACUUUGGUGUUUCUCCAGCUGUCUGCCCUUCUUCCAUUUUCAAAUAUUUUUGGACUUCAGUCUGCUACUCCUCAGGCCCAUCUCUCUGCCCCCCAACCCCCAUUUUAGAAGCCACCAAUGCACAGGAGUACAUAUGCACAUUGACAAAAUCAGAGCACAAGGAGGGAAUUCACUUUAAACCAUCAUGGCUUCCCCCAAAGACUUCUGGGGCUACCGUUUGUUAGGGGUGCAGAGAGUUGUUAAGAGACUCCUGUACCUCUGACAGAGCUACAAUUCACAGCGUUCCCUGGGAAGAGGAAUUGGCUGCUAAACCACUCUGGGAAUUGCAGCUCUGGGUGGGGAACAGAGGCCCCUUGCGAGCUCUCAGGACCCUUAACAAACCACAGCCCCUAGUGCUUUAAAUGUAUGUUGUGAAUGUGGCCUUGCUCACUCGUAAGUGUACGCUUGGGCUGCAAUAAUAAAAGAACCAUUUCUUGAUCAUCCCCGAGCAUAAAAACCUUGCUUGGAUAAAUAGCGCGCACAGAGAAAAAGAUGUCAGAUAGAAAACAAACGGCGAAUAUGCACGAGCAUAAUUUUAUCCAUAAACAGAAGACUGUAAGAUUAAAUUGAGAAAGCUAAUGCGUUGGGGCCUGUGGUUUCUCCCCCGUAGGCUGACAGUGAUGGAAUAGCUUAUUGCCUCUUCGCAUACGAUGGAGCAUUGUAAAAACAAAUAUUUAAAAAAAUAAUGAUGAUAAAUGUUUCUUCAAAGGUUGGCUUCCAAGUUGCUGAAAGUAUUUCAGGAGCAUACUUAGCGUCAAUUGGAAAUCAAAGCAGGUUAUUUAUGGGGUUCAGCAGUUCUUGUCUGGUUUAUUUUCUGCAGUGCUCAACCCUAAUUAAAGCUCCUUGCUGCGCAAAUGAUUUGGGCCUCAUUGUUUGUACAAACAAAGUAAUUAGGAUUUAUUAGAUUCAUGACUGCCUAAUUGGUUCCCUUUGAGAUGCUGUGGGAUGUAAUCUCCUGGAGCAGAUGGAGAGUCAGGAUCUGCAAUUGCGUCUCAUUUAGAAAGUCGCCACUGAUCGUCGGACCAAAUAAGUUCAGCCAGCCGCGAGCAAUGCUAGUUCACUCGCUCCUUCUCUGGAAGGCUCUUGGUUCAGGUCCUCAUGCUAAAAACAUCAAUGAGAGUAAAAUUCUUUCACUGCUGUAAAACAGAAUUUUAGAGUUGGAAGGGACUUUUGAGGUCCUACAGCCUAGUUAUUCAAUCCUCAGUGAAGGAAUCUGAACAUGAAAUCUUGUUGGAUGAGACCAAAGCUCGUCAACUCCAACAUCCUGUUCUCACAGUGGCCAAUCAGAUCCCUAUGGGAAGCCCAAUGGAUAUACUAGGACACCAUGCUCCUGAUAUCAACCGAACAUCAUUAGAGCUUCCUUGAUGAGGCCGUUGGCCCAUCUAGUCCAGCAUCCUGUUCUCAUCGUGGCCAACCAGGUGCUUAUGGGAAACCUACAAGCAGGACACUGAGGCUCUUGGUCUCAAUUCAUGUGGUCCUCAACUUUUGAUGAGUGUGGGAAGGAAGUCCCACUGGGAUGGAAUCUGGGGAGGAGAAGGAAUGGGAAUCCUCUGCAGUCAAGGAACUCAGGCCUCUGGAAAGAGUGAUCUGUCCCUUCCCCAUCAGUCUGCUUCGUGGAGAGGAAGCACAAGAGCACUCUCCCUUCCUGUGGUUUUCAGCAACUGGUACCCAGAAGCAUACUGCCUCCUACAAUGGAGGUAAAACAUAGCCAUCAGAGUUUGUAGCUACUGAGAGCCACAUGAAUUGGUCUAAUUCUCUUCUCAAGCCAUCCAAGUUAGUGGCCAUCUCAGCCUCUUGGGAGAGCAAAUUCCACAGUGAAGCCAUGUAAGGACUUUCUUUUGCCUGUUCUGAAUCUUCCAAAGUUCAAUUUCAUUGGAUGUCCAUGUGUUCUAGUGUGAGAGAGGGGAAAGAUUUUUCUCUGUUCAUCUCCUCCAUGCAUAAUUUUAUACACCUCUGCCACAUUUCCCCAUCUUUGCCUUUUCUCUGGUAUUCAGAACUACAGCAUCCCUGAUAGAUAAUGGCACAACCUCUGCUUAAGCAUCUCCAGUGAAGGUGUAUUUAGAACAUCUCCAAAUGGAGGCGGUGGAUAUGGAUAUGCUCAUUGGCAGAAGAUACGGUUUUACAUGAAAAAAGGCAUUGGGUUCAAUCCUUGGCAUCAUCAGCUAAAAGGAGCUCAGGGAGUAGGGCCCAGACAAACAUCUCCUCAAGUCUGAGUUGACAAUGAACUCAGGCAGACCAAGACUGUAUCAACAGGCAACAGCUGCGAAUCAUUUAGUUGCAUUUCUGUCCUAAUUUUUCUCCAAGAAGCUCAUUGUGGUGUGCAAGCUUUUCCUGGUCCACCAUUUUAUCCUCCCAGCAACCUGUAUGCAAGGCAGGCUAUGUUUAGCAAUAGCAACAGGCAUUUGUCCAUCACCCCUCAGGUGGCUGCAUUGCAACACCUCUUGCAGCGUAGCAGAAGAUGCUUGGCCUGGUUCUUGAGUCACACGCGGCUGCUAAGGGCAUUUGGGGAUUUGGGUUGCAGGCUUCAUCGGUGCCCCUGAGACAUUGAGACACUGAGGCUCUUAGUCUCAAUUCAUGUGGUCCUCAACUUUUGAUGAGUGUGGGGAGGAAGUCAAAAUGGAUGGAAUCUGGGAAGGAGAAGGAAUGGGAAUCCUCUGCAAACAAGGAACUCAGGCCUCUGGAAAGAGUGACCUGUCGCCUGUUUCGUGGGGAGGAAAAGUGUGUGAGAGAAAGAGUGGCAGAAAGAGAGAAAUAAAAGAAGGUGGCCACACACACUGCCAGCUCUGGUCCAAAUAUCACCAGCAUCCCCUGCUUAAUUUUUACCCUUGGGGGGAUGCAGCCCUUGGCGGAAGAAAAGUUCCACCCCACCCCCCUUUCACUGGAAUAAUUGCCUCUUCAUAAAUGCUUGGAUUGCUUGCACGGUUUGGGCAUCUUCAUUCAAGGUGACGUUCAAUAUUCCUGGCAGAAAUAUUGGGAAAGCAGCGACUGCAGAGAAAUACAUUGCCAACUUUCACAGGCACACUCUAUCCAACCCUGGAGGCUUAGGGGUUUGUUUUUGUUUUUGCUUCUCCUGCCUGUUACCAGAACCAUUUUUCACAAUAUAUUUGGAACAGAGUUAUAUUAAUGAACGCUCUGCAUAAUGUGCUAAAGAGCCCACAGCUCCCCAAUAACCAUCUCAGCAGGAGUCAAAAUGCCUCAGGAGGAUGAGUCAAGAGCAAAUGUGACUGAGGACAGCUAGGCCGCCCGUGCAGCUAGAGUUCAGUCCUAGUGGCACUUUUAAACAUUUUAAAUAUAAUUUCCUACACACUGCCUUCUACACUUUGUGGAAUGUUUAUCUAAGUUUACUAUUCUUUCCCGCCUUGAUUUUUACAGAAGUCAUACGGUUGCCAACUUUUUUUUACUAGCUGUGCUCUUGUGCUUUUAAUAGCCUGGCCUGCAGAAAUGUAGCAGGCGAAGGUUACGCCUGGCAUGGAGAGGCACCUGCGAAGCUGUGCUAGCCUAGUCACUAGUGAGUGACAUUCUGCUGCUCUUCUCCAAGUGUGGAAAAGAGGGGAGAAAUCUCCCUCUCUGGCUAAUGGCCUCUGAGAGCCUAGCAAGUAGAGCUGCCAAUCCAGGACUAUAAAACUAUUGGUCCAUCCAGCUGAGUAUUGGCAAAUUCCAUUGGUCAUGACUACCCAUGUACACACACAUAGCCAUGCUGGCUGGGAAUGGUGGAAGGUAGAGUCCAACAACAUAUGGAGGGCCACAGGCUUUCCAACCCUGGUAUGGACAAUAGUAAGCUAGGUGGACCAUUGGUCUGCUCUGUUUAGCUCAGUAAUGUCUGCAUUGACUGGCAGCAGCUGUCAAGAGUUUCCAGCUGGGGAUAUUCCCAGCCCUACCUGGAGAUGCCAGGGGUUGAACCAGGAAUCAUCUGCUUGGAAGGAGAUGCUCUUCCACUGAGCUACAGCCCUUGUUGUUGUUGUUUAGUCAUUUAGUCGUGUCCGACUCUUCGUGACCCCAUGGACCAGAGCACACCAGGCACUCCUGUCUUCCACUGCCUCCCGCAGUUUGGUCAAACUCAUGCUGGUAGCUUCAAGAACACUGUCCAACCAUCUUGUCCUCUGCCGUCCCCUUCUCCUUGUGCCCUCCAUCUUUCCCAACAUCAGGGUCUUUUCCAGGGAGUCUUCUCUUCUCAUGAGGUGGCCAAAGUACUGGAGCCUCAGCUUCAGGAUCUGUCCUUCCAGUGAGCACUCAGGGCUGAUUUCCUUCAGAAUGGAGAGGUUUGAUCUUCUUGCAGUCCAUAGGACUCUCAAGAGUCUCCUCCAGCACCAUGAUUCAAAAGCAUCAAUUCUUCAGCGAUCAGCCUUCUUUAUGGUCCAGCUCUCACUUCCAUACAUCACUACUGUGAAAACCAUAGCUUUAACUAUACGGACCUUUGUUGGCAAGACUACAACCCUAGAUAAGGCAAAUUCAUACAUAAGGCAAAUUCAUGGAGGAUACGCCUGCCAAUGACUACCAGCCACGGUUGCUAUGUUCUACCUCCAGUCAGAAGAAGCAGAGAUUCUGAAUUUCAGUUUCUGGAAACCACAGGAGGAGAGAGUGCUCUUGUGCUCAGAUCCUCCUUGAGGGUUUCCCGCAAACAUCUGGUUGGCUGCUGUGGUCAUUGGCAUGGUCCAGGAGGCUCUGCUUGCAUUCUUAAGGCACCUUGGUAUAAGGCAGAUGUAGGGAGCCUUUUUUCAAACAGGGACCACAUUCCCUUCCGAUAGUGGCAGACUUUUGGCUCUCAUAUUUCAGUGGCACCCUGUGCGACGCUAAAAUCCGGCCUCUCCCCGUCAAUUGCACCCCAUUCUAUAGCAUUGUUGUGGUGCCCCAGUGCAUCUGAACCAGUUACACUACCCUAACAAAGGUGGUGCUGUGGUCUAAACCAAUGAGCCUCUUGGGCUUGCCAAUCAGAAGGUCAGCAGUUUGAAUCCCCAUGAUGAGGUGAGCUCCCGUUGCUCUGUCCCAGCUCCUGCCAACUGACGUUCAAAAGCACGUCAGUGCAAGUAGAUAAAUAGGUACCACUGUGGCGAGAAGGUAAAUGGCAUUUCCGUACGCUCUGGCUUCUGUCACAGUGUUUCAUUGCACCAGAAGCGGUUUAGUCAUGCUGGCCACAUGACCCAGAAAGCUGUCUGUGGACAAACGCCGGCUCCCUCAGCCUGAAAGCGAGAUGAGCGCUGCAACCCCAUAGUUGCCUUUGACUGGGCUUAACUUUAACUUUUUUUACUUUUUUUUUAACCUAACUCUGCCUCUGCUUCUGAGCAACCUUCCAAAGGCCGCAGGCCCAUGGUGGGUCAAGCGAGAGGCCAAAGUGAACAAGGGAACAAAUGUGAGUUUCACCUCUGUAUAGGAAGGUCAUUGCUACACACACUCAUUUUCCCCACCUUGUCUCCUCCAAGCAGACAAGCAAGAGGCAUUCUCAGAGUUCAGAGUUCCCAUUCCAGCCAGGAAAAAGCACUCAGUGUUGAAGCAUGGCCAGUGAUGGGUAUGGCUUGGGCAGAGUCUCCAGGGCCAAACAGAGGGGCAUUUAUACCCCGGGCCUGAGGUUUCCCUAGCAUUCAGCGUCUUACUCUGUCCCUUCCGACACUGCCAGCACUCUUAAUGUCUGUCUUCACACCUGGUUAUUUUGUGCAAUGGCCGCAGCUGCCUCAGUGCCUCGCUGUCCUCGGCAGUGUUAUUGGCGAGACCCGCCGUUGCUCCAGCGAUUGAAUUUUUGUGCUCUGCAGAGCUAAGAUGCAUGGCAUUUGAUCAUGCCUUGAGUCAACAAGCCCAUGGUGCCUUCCCACUCCUUGAUCCUGCAGCGGCAUCUCAAUGCUGAAGUUGUGACAGCCCAGGCAUUUCCAUGGCGACCAGCUGAGUCAUGAAGCAUGAUAGCAUGGCUGCCGGAUAAGGCAAAGCCAAGCCGAGAGCAGGUGGGAGGGAAAGCCGUGGCAGGAAUGCUGGAUUUACAUGACCUCUCCUGCAGGUGUUUGCCUUAGGGCAGUAGGGAUAAGUUGAAUGGGAGAAUCAGAACCAUAGUGUGCAGCUUGUUUGCGAAACAGCACCACAGUUUACCAACUGCUUCACAUUCCUCAUGUCUCACAACACCCCUGUGAGCUAGGUCACCAUUCUCCCAUUUUACAGGUUGGGAACUGAGGCUGAAAGGCAGCACAGAAGUAUAGUUUUAUUUUUAUUUAUUUUUUACUUAACAGGAUUUAUAUACUGCUUAAUCAUCAGAUCCUUUAAGUAGAUUAUUAUCCACCUGCCAGGGAUAUGAAGGCAAAACAACUAAUUUAAGGAAGGUUAUUUGCUUAAGGUUAUUUGAGGAAAAUAACCUUAGUUGAGAUGUUGUAACCCUUCAUGCCAUGAGGGGGGGGGGAGCUAGGGAAAUGAAGCUUGUUCCCACUUGCCCUUAAGCAAUUCUGACCCCUCCCCCCCCCCGGAUUAGAAUGUCCCCCUGGGAUUUAGGAGAUGGAAGAUUCCUUUGGGGCAUCUAGCUGGGUGCAAGACUAUUGUCCUUUGUGCCGCAAUUGUUUCUUUAUGCUGCCAGGAUUAUGGCAGCUUUGAGCCACUUACUCAGAUGCUAGGCAUGCAUGUAAAAGCAUCCCAAGGGAUGGAUUAAUUUAAGCACCCACUCUUCAAAAUCUCAUUCAGCUUCCAAGAAACAUAGAAAGGACGCAAUGCCAAAAAUAGUUAUGGGAAUGUUUCAGCUCACUGGAGAGCAAGGGUUGUAAUCAACUGGCUUGAGGCUGGAUUUUUCUUGUGGCCAUUACAUUCACCAUCUAAGAAAAGAUUGUCCAACCCCAAACUCUUAGGAAUUUCAGUUCCUGCACCCUGGUGGACUUGUAGUUUUGGGGGGAUGUUCCAACCCAUGAACCUCAAAGAGCUAGAAACCUACUUUUCCUCAUUGCAAUUUCUGUACACACCCCUGAUUUCCCUUCUGUUAUGCAAUAAUGUCAAAAAAACAAGUUGCUGUGCUGUUUCACGGUGAAUUUGGCAGGAGUUACUUAAGGCUACAUUGAGGCUGCAUGCACGCCAAAUGUUUAGAGUGCCUACACGCCCCAGAAAUAAUAACAUUGGGGGCUGUAGUUCAUUAAGAGUGCUGGGAAUUGUAGGUCUGGCCCUACCAUUAGGUAGAGUGAGUCAGUCGCCUCAGGUGGCACCCAUGCUUUGAGGAAGAUUCAAUUUCCAGUCCACUUAACUUCUGUACACGGAAUAGUGGGCACCAUCUUGACUGCUUUGGGCAGCAAAAUGUCUCGGGCCAUCCCUGUCAAAGUUCUAGCUGAACAACGACACACAGCGAAAUAGAUUCUGUAAACCUGAACUCUGGCAGCCCUGAAUCUAGAAUUUCCCUGCUGGGUGCAUAAGGACGUUGGACAAAGCAACUGGGUGAGAAGUUGAACAACAGAAAUCUUUCUCGGUGCCUCAGCACAGUUAAGAGUGGCAGAGGGGGCUCUCUUGGUAGUUCUGCCCCCCUCAAAAGUGUGGCCCGGAAGGCAGACGUCUUUCUCUAAGUUUUGGAACUCCCUUCUCGUAGAGGUGCAUCUUGCUGUCUUUGUUGUACAGCUUCCAGUCAUACACUGAAGACACACCUCUUUACCUUUCACAGUUAAAUGAAGUGUGUGGUAAAACUAUGGCACUCACUCCUAGUAAAAGAGCAUUGGGCAAAUCCACGGGAGAGAAAACUAUCAAUGACUACUUGCCAUGAUGGCUAUCCUCUGGUCGGAGGCAGUAAUGUAUCUGAAUAGUAGUUGCUGGAAACCACCAGAGGGGAGAGUGCUCUUGUGCUUCAAUCCUGUUUGCAGUUUCCCCACAGGCUUGGCCACUAUAAGAACAGGAUGCUGGGCUGCAUGGGCCAUUGGCCUGAUCCAGCAGGCUCUUAAAAGGAUUUUGUUUUGUGAUAUCUACCUCUUCCAUAUUAUUUAAGCCUCUCUAUUUCGAACUUAAAAAUGGAAAGCGUAAUGAUGGUGGUCAACAAAAGAGGUUUAAAGACUGUCUGAAGGCAAGUUUUUAAAAAUGUAGUAUAAACACCAACAAUUGGGAAACACUUGCCUGUGAGUGCUGCAAUUGGAGAACAGCCUUUACCAAAGGUAAAGUGGCUUUGAAGACACUCGAACUCAGGAUGCAAGGGACAAAUGUGCUAAAAGGAAGGCACGUUGGCAAAUCCACACCAUGAUCAACUCCUGCCUGGAAACCAACGUCCCCAUUGUAGAAGGACGUGUGGAUCCAGAAUUGGCUUUCACAGUCACUUACAGACUCAUUGUUAAAACCGUGUUUAUGGAAGACAGUCUUCCUCGGCUAUGAGUGAUCGCCAAAGAAGAAGAAGAUUAUUUAAGUCAUACUGUUCUGCUUUUGCUUGAUUGUUUGCUUUUGUAUUUGUAUGAAACCUAUUUCUGGUCCGUUGUUGCAGCCCGCCCUGGGACAUUUCGGUGAAGGGGUGGGGGUAAGAAAUCUCAUAAAUAAAUGAAAAAUUCACUCUGCCGGGGCGAGACCUGGCAAACAUGGGACGUGGUUAUUUUUAAUGUAGACACCCAGGCUGUUAUUCCCCCAUAAUGCAUUGUGCCGGUCUGGUGUUCUCUGCUUCUCCGGUGUUCUCAGAAGGAAACCAAACCUUUUCGUAAGGCCAGAAUUGGAUUCCUGGCCCAUUUUGCUCCCUUGCCCUUCUUAUAAUGAGCCAUUUCGGAGCAGCAGACCCAGUUGUAAAGGCUACUGCUAUACGCUGGACUCAAAUUUCACCAUCUGUUCCACUUCCCUUUUUAUUCUCUGGCAUCUUGUAAAAUAUGAGGCUUGUACAGGGAGCAAUGAAAAUAAGUCAGCCUGAUUGUAAAGUGAGGUGCAAGGGGUGGGGACCCGGAGCUUUCUGCUGCUGUCCAGAGAUUAAACAGAGAAGGCCCAUGGCUAGAUUCAGAUGCUGUAUAUCCCAAAAUGGCGGCUGCCCUUGAACUCGGCAAACCUAUACAAACAUGAAGCAGAGCUUUGGCCAUGAGGGAAAGUGUGUGAAACUUGCACUUCGUUGUAACUGAAUACCCAACCAAAGGCGGCCAUUUCUCUCCAGCAGCCACCAAGUUCCUGUCUGGCACGCAACACAGGUUGGAAAAUUUGUAACUGGCGCGUGGAAAUCUCAAAAUUAAUACUAAAAGCAACUGCGUUGUCCCUCGAGGAAACCGAGGCUGAGAAAUUGUCUGGAAAAAAUCGUUUGCAACACUAAGCAUUUUCUUAGAGAUUUUAGCGUCUGGCAGAUUGUCACACAUAGGUCAACCCCAAACGUUGGCUCACGGAAGCCCUUUUUAUGGUACCCAGAAACCUCCAGCCCCUUUUGCUCAGCACCUUGUGUCUCUUGAGGGUGUGGUCCGUUCCUGCAUAGAAGCAUUGCUAGCGCUUGUAGAGGGCACACUGCCUUGCAUAAUGGCUUCAUGGUCUGAAAAUUAUCAGAUGGUGUGCCAAGAAUCAAAUCGCCUCAUGCUAAUGGCUCAGGGACAAAGCCAAGUUUGAUGUUAAAUGCAGUUGUGGCCUAUUGGGACUUGUGAGACAGAAAGCCAGGAGCCCGACAUGAUGUGGGGCAAGAUCCAAGGACAGAAUCCUCCUCCUCAGAAAGGCAACAUGGAUAGUGAGGAAGGUGAAGGUGACAGCCAGUGCGACUCCUUAGACUGGUUGGAAGUAAGAAGGCAGGCAAAUGGGGGCUAGCUGAAGGCAGAGGGAGGCUGGUAGCCCCAUCUGACCUAAUGGAAGAGCCUCCACUGGUUCAAUGCCUCUUCACAUGUAAGGACCACCUCUUUCCAUAUGAGCCUGUCAGGACCCUGAGAUCAUCUUCCGAGGCCCUUCUUCAUGUGCUCCUCCAUGAGAGGUCCACAGGGUGGCACACAAGAACGGGCCUUUUCUACAGUGGCUCCCCAUUUGUGGGAUGCUCUCCCCAGGGAGGUUCGGCUGGGGCAGGGGUAGGCAACCUAAAGCCCGUGGGCUGGAUGCGGCCCAAUUGCCUUCUCAAUCUGGCCCGCGGACAAUCUGGGAAUCAGUGUGUUUUUACAUGAGUAGAAUAUGUCCUUUUAUUUAAAAUGCAUCUCUGGGUUAUUUGUGGGUCCUGUCUGGUGUUUUUACAUGAGUAGAAUGUGUUCUUUUAUUUAAAAUGCAUCUUUGGGUUAUUUUUUGUGGGGCACAGGAAUUUGUUCAUAUAUACUUUUCAAAAUAUAGUCCAGCCCACCACAUGGUCUGAGGGACGGUGGACCGGCCCACGGCUGAAAAAGGUUGCUGACCCCUGGGCUGGUGCCUUCAUUAUACACCUUUAGGCACCAGGCAAAAACAUUUCUCUGAUUGACAUGCAGUGCCCUUUGUGUGUGUGUGUGUUUAUUAUGCAUUUUGCAUUUUGAUGUUGCGAUUUUAUGUUUUAAUCGCCUGAGACCUGCGGGUAUAAUUAAAUACGAAUUUAAUAAACAAAUAAUAAACUUGCAGAUUAGAUUAAAAAAUGCAAAUUGUAUUAGUUGGGAAGAGCAAAUAAUUAUUGGGAACCCAGAAGGCAAGGAUGAGGAAAUGGGUACUUUCUUUCCCUGCUGUGGUCAUAAUGUAAAUCCCUUCUCUGAAAUGUCACUUCAGGAGCAAAGACACAUUUAACGUUCUGUGUAGUUUCACCUGCAGUACUAGUUUUUGAUGCAUUUAAAAAUUGUAGGGGAGAGAGUGAACAGAAUGUGUGAUUAACUUGUACUUCCUGUUCUCCAAACACUUAUAGUCCCCUCUGCUGUUGUGGGGGGGGGGGGAGAGAAAUUGAUUCAGUUCAUAUUGAAAGUGUGCCUUUCUGAUUUGCACUUUCCUAAAGUAGAUGAUGAUUAAAAUGCGGCUAUCCUUUGAAAUUUGCACUUCUCUGAAUUUUUCACUGCAGCUCUCUAGCCAAGCUGUGUGUACAAAAGUGCAUUUCCUAGGGGGAAGUGUGGGUACAAAUGCAGAUGUUAAUGAAAAGAACAUAUGCAAUCUGUUAGGGAAGCUUGCUUUACAAAACAUGCCAGCGGCAAGGAAUUGCCUGUGGGCGGAAUGCUCUUGCUUGCGGGUUUCCCACAGGCAUCUGGUUGGGCCCUGUGAGAACAGGAUGCUGGACAAGAUGGGCCAAUAGCCUGAUCCAGCAAUGUCUUUUUAUGUCCUCAGGAGUGCCCCUGCAGAUGGCAGUAAUGUCACAACACUGGGUGAACACAGCAGAACAACUAAAAAAGCAGAAUUAUGCGUGGGCUGUCCAGUAUAAAUCCACCACGAAUGCACAUCAAUGACAUGUUGAGGCAUAUACCUGCCCCCCUCUAAAAAAGGCCAGGGGCUGGUGGGGGAGACCAGAGUCAUCCAAGCAAGGAUCCUGGCUUACCCCAUGGGGAAACUGCAUAUUUACUUAGGGCCUAUAGCACCACCAUCCAAUGGGCAUGGGCAAUGCCCCAUUGGAUUCAGAUAGGCAGCCUUCAUUAAUUGUCAGGCUGUUGGAGGUUCAUGUGUGAUUGCCCAGGAAAGCAGAGAGACGGAGAAAUCACAGGCUUUUUAGUCCUUUUUAUGGUUAUUCUAGGUGCCAAGGCAAGGCAACCAAGCAGCUUUCAGUAUCUAACGUUGCUCCAAGUCAAGGUCCAUGCCCCCUUUCUCCAUACUUCCUUAUUCAUCAGACUCCUCCUCUCUCCUAUGGUUGCUGUUAAGGGCCACCUGCCUUCGAGCCCUCUGCUCUGGUAUUCUUAUUGAAUGCCUGGUUUGCGGGGAGGGAACGGGUUCUGGGAGACUCUUCAGUGACAGCGUGUCGGUCAGCUGCUGCUCAGGCUCAGUCUGCUCAAUGCUACCUGAUGUCAGGGACUGGACUGAGGAGGAAUGGUGGGGGUCAGCCCACCCCCCAUUCUCUUGAAUCUUCCUAAGAAGAGGAAGACAGUAUAGAUUUAGAACAGUGGUUUGCAGAAGGUCAUAGUUCAGAGGCUGCAGAGGGGAGAAGCUGGGAGAUAUUGGGAGAGGGGCAGCAGGAAGAAGCACCAGGGGAGAGACAGCUGACAGAUUCAGUGUCUUUAGAAAGCAUUCCAGACCCCACCCCCCUAGGACCCGGUGGGCAUUGAGAGUAGGAGAACAGAAAACUCAGAGGCAGAAAGCACAGAUCAGCCAACACAGGGAUGACGUAGAAUAGGAGAGACAGAGGGGGUGGGACUUUACUCGGAGCAACGACAUUAUCUAAGAGAGAUGGCAUCAUGCGUCUCUCUCUAUCUCUGUGUGAAUAUUGAAUAAAAUACCAUGGUAAGAAUGUCUUGUUUUUCCAUUUCUGGCUGCCAGCCGUGAGGGAGGAGGAUCAGAUUCCCUGAAGUCUGACACCUGGCUCCUCAUCUCCCAUUACUUCCCAACUUGUUCCCUCUUCUUCUUCUUCUGGGGCAGGGAUCAGCAAACUUUUUCAGGAGGGGGCCAGUCCACUGUCCCUCAGACCUUGUGGGGGGCCGGACCCACCGCCUCCCGAAAGCACCCCCCACCUAUGCUACUCAUGCCGCAGGCACCAACGCUGCCUCGUCUUCGGCAGCAUCGGCGUCAUCUGUCUUGGCGGGGCACAGAGCCCACGCCACUGGCCUGGGCAGAUGAGGCAGCCUUCACUCCGCUGCCGCUUCCUUCCCCCUUGGCCGCUUCCUCCCGCUCGGCCGCCUCAGCGGGAAGGAAGGGGCGGUGCCCAGAGGCGUCCGUGGCUUCUGAUUGGCUGCAGGAGCUUCCUGCAGCCAAUCAGAAGCCUGCCAGCAUCGCUGCCUGCCCAGGCAUCCACGGCUUUUGAUUGGCUGCAGCCAAUCAGAAGCCAUGCUGGCCGCGUCAUGGAAGUCAGUCUCCGUUCAGCGAGGCCUUUGCGCUGCGCCUGUUUAGCGCAGGGCUUACCGAGCGAGUGGCAGGGUCCGCAAGGUUUGUGGGCCAGAUUAACCAGCCCAGUAGGCCGUAUCUGGCCCGUGGGCCUUAGUUUGACUACCUCUGCUCUGGGGUGUGCCCUGUGUCGGACCAGUCCUGUAGAUCAAUACCAUCUGCCCCUUCCUCCUCUCUGGAGGGCUCCUGGGGAGGUGGUCUCCACCCCUCCUCUUCAUCUGCCCAGCACCUGACAUUAAUGCUCCAUUUGGUUUUUGUCUUUCAGGGACGACCGGCCGGGGCAUGUUCCUUCCUGCGCCGCGUCUGCUGCGCCGCUUUGCCUCUCCAGCUGCUCCUGCUCCUCCUCCUUCUCCUCGCCUUCCUGCUGCCUCUCGUAGAGGAGACGCACAGCUGCAAGCUCGCCAACAAUUACGCCCGCUCCUUCAACCUGGUGCUGAGAUACAACGGCCCACCGCCAACUUAA